UUGGCUGCAGAGAAGGAGGGAGCGCCUUGCCUGUUGACAGCCCUCUGGGGUGGGCUUUUCUCUUUUUUGGUGGGUGGGUGGGAGCGUGCGGGCGAGAGAGGAGCGCACCAUGCAGAGAAAGGCCGGCAGGCGGACGGGAUAAAUCGUGCGUCCGCCCGGGAGCAGCGGGCAACGGUGCAGCAGCUGGUAAGCCCGCGGUCGUCACCCCCCCCAUCCCGACCCCCGGAUCUCUCCCAUCUCGGGAUGCGUGCAUGCAUGCACGCUCGCUCGCUGCCCCCCCACCCGCCCUGCCCUGAAAGGAUGGAGCCGAGCAUCCUUCACCAGCCCAACUCCCUUCUGCAAGGAGAGCCCGGAGAUGAUGGCAUGGGGUGCAUAGCAGCCAAUUCCUGGGAGCCGAGGUCCCUUGGCCCCCCCAUAAAAUAUUUGAGGGGUCCAGGGAUCUCCAAAGUUGAUGGGCAUUGCCAUCCAAAUGGUAUGUGCGCCCCGCAUCUUGUGAUCGAUUAUGCGGGGCUUCCUUCCCCCCACCAAUAUUUUAUUCAGGUUGGCACCCCUAAUGGGGUGCAAUGGUGCAUUCUCACCCCACCUCUCCUGGAUCUGCCUGGGGGUGAAGCCACUCCUAUAUUUGAGCCGCGGAGGGGACAGAAUGGUCCCCGCGUUGCCCGCUGCUUGCAUUACAUCUCCUAAAGAUGUACUAUGCAAUGAUGCUCCGUUGAGGCUCAGCCGCCUCUGUUGCCAGGCGGUGUGGGCCGUGUGUGUGGGUUGGGGGGGGGGAAGGCGCUAUGGGGAGGGGCGAUGUAUUGGAUGUGGGGCCUUCUCGGGUCUUUUCCCAGGGGGAACCCGCCCGGGAAGCAGAGGUGGGGCACGGAGGAGCUGUUUCCAAUAAUACAGCAGAUCUUUGUCAAAGGGAGCCACUCGCCUGGGAAAUGGGCAAAGGGAAGUGGGGCAGAGGCGAGCGGGUUCAAGACGAGCAGGACCAGGGAUGCCAAUCUGAAUAAAAUAUAUGGGGGGGGGGAGUCCCCCAGGUAAGCCUCGCCCCUGCAUAAUCGAUCGCAAGUUGCAGCAUGCACACACCAUUUGUUGGCAAUGCCCAUUAACUUGGGGGGAGGCAGGCCCCCUCAAUUAUUUUAUUGGGGGGGGUGCGAAGGCCCCUAUGAGCAGGAAUCCGGAUUAGAGCUUUGCCAAAGGGGACUCGGUCAGAAAAGUGCAGAGGGAAUGGGUACGCAUACAAAUAAUAGUAAAAAAAUGAAUAAUAAUAGCAAUAAUUAUCCUCAUCCCAAAGAGGUUUCACUUUGAUCUUGCAGCACUGGGUUCCUUGGGGUUUGUGUGUGUUUUAGGAUAAUAAUGGAUUGCUGUUGCUAUCGUGUGUGUGUGUGUGUGUGUGUUUUAAAAUGCUUCUAUCAUGAGAAGUGGGUGUUGUCAGGUGGUCCGUGGGAGAGCAAGGGGCUGCUCAAACUCUGAACUUCCUGCCCUGACCAGGAUGGGGCUGGACUAGAUGACACCUGGAGAGCCCUCUCUCUGACUCUUACGAUUCUGUGGCACGUGGUGGUUCUUUAAUAGGUGUGUGUGCACUUAAGAUAUUUAUAAAGCCCUUUGCUAGUGGUCCUCAAUAAACGGCUCACAUAGAAAUGCUAAAACAGUAGGCACCUGUUUAAAAAUAGUAUAAAAAUAGCAAACACAAGCUACAAAGGACAGGGUGGGGGCUUUAAAAAAAAUCUCUCUUUCUCCUCUGCUCAGGGCAAGAUGGUUCUUGAGUAGGCUCUCUGGUGGCGUGGGAGAGGCAGAACUAGAUGAUGGAAAGAGGCUGUUCUGCCUCUUCUUUCCCCUCCCCCUUUAAGCAUUUUAAGGUGUCCUAGGGAUGCUGGUGGCGCUGUGGGUUAAACCACAGAGCCUAGGACUUGCUGAUCAGAAGGUCGGCGGUUCGAAUCCCCGCAACGGGGUGAGCUCCCGUUGCUCGGUCCCUGCUCCUGCCAACUUAGCAGUUCAUAAGCACGUCAAAGUGCAAGUAGAUAAAUAGGUACCGCUCCAGCGGGAAGGUAAACAGUGUUUCCGUGUGCUGCUGUGGUUCGCCAGAAGCGGCUUAGUCAUGCUGGCCACAUGACCCAGAAGCUGUACGCCGGCUCCCUUGGCCAAUAAAGCGAGAUGAGCGCCGCAAUCCCAGAGUCAGUCAUGACUGGACCUAAUGGUCAGGGGUCCCUUUACCUUUACCUAGGAUUCUUUAGGUGGGUUUCUAGAAAGCUGCCUUAUACUGAGUCAGACCACUGGUCCAUCUAGUUCAGUAUUGUCUUCACUGACUGGCAGCUGCUCUCCAGGCUUUCAGGCUGUGAAAAAUUCCCAGCCCUUAUUUGGAGAGGAUGGAACCUGGGACCUCAUUCCUGCAAAGCAAACUAGAUGAAUUUAUUGACCCUUGGGGUCCAUUCUGACUCUACAAUUCUGUGAUUCAAACUGAGCUGCAGCCCCUCCCCAGCUGCUGCAAGAGAUGAACAGCACAACCCUGUGUGUGUUUCCUCAGAAGUAAAGUCCCAUUGUGCUGAAUGGCGCUUACACACCCUAGUCAGUGUGUUUGGAAUUUCAACCUAGCAUAGUUAACCUUUCAGAAUUGCCUUGAUUCUCCCCAGCGCCGCAGAUGUAAUAGAUAAGAAGAAAGGGAGGUGGUUGUGCUAUUUAGUUCUGAAUGGGUGGGGCACUGAAAAGAAGAGCAAUUAAAAAUAUUACUUUAAGUGUCCUGUAUUUUUUUUUUAUAGAUUUGACAGGGAUUUUUUUCAAUAAGAUAAAUGCAUAACAUAAGGAGACAGGAUGGUGCAUUAAGUAAAAAAUACGAACGAAUAAAUAAAAUAGGUUCUUGUAUGCUAGCAGAUAAAAUGCACAGAUUCCUUCCGCGAAUAUUUCACAGUGCUCCUAACACUGUGGGUGGAUUUGCAUUUUCUUGCGCCAACACGUGAUAGAAAGACCCAAUUUUCCAACAAAAAUGACUGCAGGGUUGCUGACCCUUUCCCCUUAAUAUGCAUUUUUUAAAAUGCAACAAUAACAACAACAACCAGAUAACAUUCUUAAGAUAGUUCAUUUUUUAAAAAGAGAUUAAAAUGGACCCAGCUGCCCGAGUCAAACAGCUUUUCUCCCGCAUUAUCUUUGACUGAGCAUCCCCUGCAAAGGACCUCCCUAUAAUCCAGCUGUGGUUGUGUAAUCAGCAGAGGCUAAGAACAAGGAAAGUCAUCUUGCCAAAUGCUCAUGCCAAAAGAAGCACAAUAAGGGGGGGAAAUUACAACAAACCAUUUCACAUCUUUGCUUCAGGACAAAGCAAGAAGCUUUUAGGAUCGUCAGCCACUGUACCCAAGAGCUAAAUCUCCUUUCUCUCUCUUUCCCCACAAAUCCAAAACAUGGCAACCAGCUGGAUCCUGAGAAUGGAACUGUCAAGCAGGUGUGGUGAGCCUCAGACCUGGGGGUUGUGGCCCCCCAAGCAUCUCUGCCUGGCCCUCGGGACUCUGCUGACCCCAUGCUGCCCCUCCCUCCCAGGUCACACCCAGCACAGAUCCUGCUCCCCGCCUUCCUCUAGUGAUUUUUACUUGGCUGAAAUGUGUCCUUGAACUGUGACAAUUCCUCUCGUUUGCCUGGGCAUAGGAUGGAAAGUGGUUGUGUGUUUGCCAACCCCAGCCUUUGCCACACUUGCCACUGGCUUGCGGCCCCCCGGAUAGGGGCUUCCCCACUGCUGCUGCUGAGCCUUACCUAACAAAACCCCCUUUUUCUUGAGAAGUGAUGUGCAGAUGAGAUGAUCUGAGUGCUAAGUAGUGCUGAAUUAUCUUCGUUCUACAUGCUUUGAAGCUGUAGUCCAGGGGUCAACAAACGUACCGCGCCUCGGGCCGGUGUCUCCAGCGCCGAUCGCGCGACGGGCCAGAGGGCGGGGAAGCAAGUGCCCAUACGUGUGCACACACGCUAUUUCCGACGCUCUUCCGGGUCAGAGGAGCACUGGAAAUAGCUUGUGCGCAUGUGCACGGGCCUCCUCCGACCCUGAUGUGCACCGGAUAAUGCUUGUGCAUGCGCAAAUAACACUUGUGCAUGCGCAAAUAAUGCUUGCGCAUGAGCACAAGCUAUUUCCGGUGCUCCUCCAAUAAGAGUGGGUGGCAGGGGUCACUGUGGGCCAGAUAAACGAGUCCCUUGGGCCUUAUCCGGCCCGCGGACCCUAGUUUGGGGACCCUUGCUAUAGUCGCAUUUCAGAUCCCAGCUAGCAGAGACUGGGAAAUCAGCCCUGUGGGAGUAAGCUGGGAUAGCUCAAUCCACAGAGCAUGAGGCUCUUAAUCUCAGGGUUGUGGGUCUGAGAGCCCCGUGUUGGGCAAAAGAUUCCUGCAUUGCAGGGGGUUGGAAUAGAUAAUUCUUGCGGUCUCUUCCAACUCUAUGAUUCUACAAGACGCCCUGAAGAGAUGCUGCCCUUCAGAAUAUACAUGACUUUUUAUCAAUGAGGAACUUGACUCAAUAUGUGGGCUCCUGCAGAUAAUCCCGUUUACUGAGUGUUUGUCCUGAUUUGUUGGCCCAAAGCUUACAGAAUCAUAGAACUGCAGAGUUGGAAGGGACCCUUAGGAUCAUCUAGCCCACCCUCCGGCAAUGCAGGAAUAUGCAGCUGUCCCAUAUGGGGAUUGAACCUGCAACCUUGGCGUUAUGAGCACCACGCUCUAACCAACUGAGCUAUCCGCCCCCUCUGCGGAGCUUAGACUAUGUCUGGUCUUUGUUGAGCAUUUGUUCUGAUUUACUGGUGGGGAGGUUAUACAAUAAUGAGCACUCAAGCAGACUUGCCUCUGGGGUGUUUAUGUGCCUUGCUGUUCAUCAUGUGUUCGUCCUGAGCUCUCCACUGUAUUUUCCUAAGAGCGAAAACACUGGGUGUGUUGCAACAUAGCACUUUCAUCUACUUCAGUUGCGCAAACCUAAAUUUCCGGUAUGCGCUUGGAUCUCUCUCAUGAAAUGCUGGCGGGCUGGAGGUGACCUAAGUUAGUUCCACAUGUUGCCAGGUGAUGUUCGGAGAGCUUUUUAGCACCGCUUUUGGCACAGAGCAGAACAUCAUGUGCCAGACUUUUCAUUAUGUAUUAAGAUCUGGAACUGGCUGGAAGGCAGAUUUAUAUUUCCAGCUCAUGAGCGAUGUGUCUUUGAGAGCACCUUUAAUACAUGACCUCUUUUGGACGUGCAUCAUCCAUUAUCCAACCUGCUUCUUUCUUCUUUUUCUUCUUUGGCAAUCACUCAUAGCCGAGUAAGAUUGUCUUCCAUAAACACAGUUUUAGCAGUGAGUCCGUAAGUGACUGUGGAGGCCAGUUCUGGAUCCACAUGUCCUUCCACAGUGGGGACAUUGGUUUCCGGGCAGGAGUUGAUCAUAGUGAGAGUUUGCCAAGAGUGCCUUCCUCUUAGCACGUUUCUCCCUUUCAUCCUGAGUUCAAGCAUCUUCAAAGCCCAUGCCACCUUUGGUAAAAACUGUUCUCUAAUUGGAGCACUCGCAGGCCAGUGUUUCCCAGUUGUCGGUGUUUAUACUACAUUUUUUAAAGAUUUGCCUUGAGAGAGUCUUUGAACCUCUUUUGUUGUCCACCAGCAUUACGCUUUCCAUUUUUAAGUUCAGAAUAGAGUAGUUGCUGUGGAAGACUAUAAUCAGGCAUCCGCACAACAUGACCAGUCCAACAAAGUUGCUGUUGAAGAAUCAUUGCUUCAACACUGGUGAUCUUUGCUUCUUCCAGUACACUGGCAUUAGUUCACCUGUCUUCCCAAGUGAUGUGUAAAAUUUUUUGGAGACACCGUUGAUGGAAUCUUUCGAGGAGUUGGAGAUGUAUGUAUGGUGCCUGUGUCAAUGGUCAUUGUCCUAGUUAGAGGCUGUGAUGGGGGGUUUUUCUUUCCAGUAGCACCUUAUAGACCAACUAAGUUUGUUAUUGGUGUGAGCUCUCAUACCAAUUUUUUUUGUUUUGUUUCGACUAUGGCAGAGCAACACGGCUACCUACCUGUAACUGGUCCCACAAAGUUGAUGUUGAAGAAUCAUUACUUUAACACUGGUGAUCUUUGCUUCCUCCAGUACACUGGCAUUAGUUCGCCUGUCUUCCCAGGUGAUAUGUAAAAUUUUUCGGAGACACCGUUGAUGGAAUCUUUUGAGGAGUUGGGGAUGACAUUUAUAAAUGGUCCACAUUUCACAACCAGCUUUCUCCCAAUUGAAGUGCAGAGUGUUUGAGGACCGGGACAUUUGCAGGGAAACCAAAAUGCUUGUUUACAAAGCAUUACUGUAUCCCACAUGCUAUCCUUAGAGUGUACAGGCAAUGGCCGAUUAAUACGCACCCGAAAGAUGCAUGACCACGCACUCGCACACAGAUCCGAACCUGAAAGGGACUGAAAAUGUGACAUAAUAAUAAUAAUAAUAAUAAUAAUAAUAAGUGCAGAACUGGGAUGGGGCUGUGUGGAAUGGGGUGGGUCAUGCUUUUAUGCACUCCACUGAUGUGGGGGGGGGGGGCGGAAAUCGAACCCCUGCACAAAAUUGUAAUCGACUGUAUUUGUGCAUAGUAGCCACGAAGGGUUAAACCACAGAGCCUAGAACUUGCCAAUCAGAAGGUUGGCAGUUCGAAUCCCCGCGACGGGGUGAGCUCCCGUUGCUCGGUCCCUGCUCCUGCCAACCUAGCAGUUCUAAAGCACGUCAAAGUGCAAGUAGAUAAAUAGGUACUGCUCUGGCGGGAAGGUAAACGGCGUUUCCGCGCGCUGCUCUGGUUCGCCAGAAGCGGCUUAGUCAUGCUGGCCACAUGACCCGGAAGCUGUAUGCCUGGUCCCUCGGCCAAUAAAGCGAGAUGAGCGCCGCAACCCCAGAGUCAGCCAUGACUGGACCUGAUGGUCAGGGGUCCCUUUACCUUUAGCCACGAUGGAUGCAGGUGGGCAUGGUGAAUCAUUUGAGGCUGAGUGCCUGAUCUGGAGCUAUAUGGUGUAGUGAUUAGUGUGUCAGUGGUACCUCGGGAUGUGAACAGGAUCUGUUCCGGAGCCCUGUUCGCAUCCUGAAUAGAACAUAAGAUGCGACUGCACGUCUGCGCAUGCGUGGGUUGUGUUUCGCUGCUUCCAAGCAUGUGCGUGACAUCAUUUUGACCUUCUGUGCAUGUGCAUGCGUGGGCAGCGAAACCCGGAAGUAAUGCGCUCCGUUACUUCCGGGUCGCCGCGGAGCGCAACCUGAAAAUACUUAUUCUGAAGCAUAUUUAUUCCGAGGUAUGACUGUACCUGGGAGACCAGGGCUCAAAUCCCCACUCGACCAUGAAGCUCACUGGGUAACCUUGGGCCAGUCACUUACUCUCAGCCCUACCUACCUCACAAGCUUGUUGUGGGGGUUAAAUGAGGAAGGGGAGAACCAGGUAUGCCCCCUUGAGCUCCUUGGAGAAAAAGCUGGGAUAUAAAUGGAAUAAAGGAAUAAAUAAAAUACAGCGUUGCCUGAUCACUGAGAUUAUGGGAGAAAUAUCUGUUGGCGGUCCCCCAUGGCUCAGAGUAGCUAUUAGAUAAGCUGUGAAUUCAGUGUUGUGGCCCAAGGGUGGAUCUACACAUGGCGGUGGGGGGAUCACUAUAAAUAAGUCAGAAAUUAAAUCGUUAUACCAAAAGGGAAAAAAAACGCUAUGUAAAAAUUGCAUAGAAAUUUCUUUUGCUCUCCGGUGCCAUCUGGUGUUACACGUUUAUAAUGCAUUCAAGGCAUUGUGGUGUUGUUUUUUUUACUAAUGUAGCUGAGUCCCUAGUCUGUGGAAAUCCCUCCCAACUGAGAUCUGACAGGCACCCUCCUUGCUUAACUUCUGGUGCAUGACAAAUACUUUCUUAUUCCAGCAGGCACUUUCGUGUAGUGUUGGAUCUGAUGAUGUCUUAUUGGUUUAUUCUCUGCAUUUUUAUGUACAGUGCUUAGAAAUGCUAAUAAUCGAAAAGUUUAUAAAUACCUUAAAUCAAUAAAUGAAAUAAAAAUGAGUGUUGUGAUAAAGUAUUCACUGUGGGACAGGAUACCUGCCAGCCUUGACGGCACCAUCAAGCAUUACUGAAUAACUAAUAAAGUGGUUUUUCUGCUUUUAUGAAAACAUCCAUCACUGGAUUUUCUAGAUGUUGUUCAGAGGAUAAAAGCUAUUUUUAGGCAUUUUAAUCCUCAAGUUGCAGUUGAUCAGCAAGUGUUUGGGGCUUCAGGUUCUUUAGCCACAGCGCUAAGAAAAAGCACACACCCCCUCUUCUAAAUUAGGCUGCUGAAAUGUGCACACAGCAUACAUUUAAGGUACAUGCCUUCCCCCAGAGAAUUCUGGGGAGUGUAGUUUGUUAACGGUGCUGGGAGUUAUAGUUUUGUGGAGGGUUGACUACUGUUUCCAGAAAUCUAAAUUGGAACAAACUUGGAAGACUCGAUUGAUGUUUGCUCUGAUUCAGCGGUAAAGAUCAGGUUUUCCCCGUGGAAAAGCAGCUGGACAAAGGAAGUCUGGCUGAGUUCAGAGAGAUCUGGGUGUGGAGGUGAAGGAGGAGGAAAAGAGAGAAAGAGAGGGGGGAAGGAAGGAAGGAAGGAAGGAAGGAAAGAAGGAAGGAGGGAAGGAAAGAAGGAAAGAAGGUGUGGCUGUGCAUUUAAAGCACACGCUGCAAUUCUCAAAGAAUCAUGCCACCUUCCAAAGAAUUCUGGGAACUGUAGUUUGUUAAGGGUGCUCAUAGUUGUACGGAGAUUCCUACACCUCUACCAGAACUACAAUUCCCAGAGUGUUUAGCAAUCAAUCCCUCUUAACCAGGGAACUCUGGAAAUUGUAGCUCUGGCAGGGGAAUAGGGGUCUCCGUACAACUCACAGCACCCUUGACAAGCUAAACUGGAGUGAUUCUAACUCUCCCACCCAAGACACAAACAUCACAGCUGCAUAUUUCUGCAAGGCAGAGGGGGUUGGGCUAGAUGAUCCUCAGGGUCCCUUCCAGCCCGACAAUUCUACGACUCUAUGAUCCCUCAGAGUCAAGGGUGUUUGGGUUGUUCUGUAAGUCUGGAUCUGAUCUUCCAUCUGUCAUCCAUCUGAAGUGAGAAAAGACCAAGGAAGAGGCUUGUUCUUAAGUAGUCAGAGCCUACUAGUCUGGAAGAACUGGGCAAUUAUGUGAAAGAUUGCUGCUAUUAGCUGUAAUUUUUUCCAAAGAUGUCUCCCUUUCAACGAGGCUAGUCUGGUGUUCCCACGGAAUGUUGUUAUCGCUGUUUACAGGGGGGAAGCGAAAAACCUCAAACAGCAGCCUGGGAAACUUCCUCUGCGGGAUACCAAAGCCAUGAUUCCAAAAUUGUGACCUUAGAUAACCACAGGGUUUUUUUGUUUUUGUUUUGAAACAAAGAUAUAUAUUUUUCCUGAACAGGAUAAACUAGGAUAAACUAGGGGAGGGCAUCACAUCGCUGGAAAAUGUAUCAGUGUGUCUCCAAGUUCUGAUUGUUGCCCUCGUGUGAGGAUGCAAAAUCCUUUGCAGCAACAGAGCCAUACAGUGUAGAGCAGACAUAGGCAAACUCGCCCCUCCGGAUGUUUUGGGACUACAACUCCCAUCAUCCCUAGCUAACAGGACCAGUGGUCAGGGAUGAUGGGAGUUGUAGUCCCAAAACAUCUGGAGCAUGGGUACGUAAACUAAUCCCGGGGUCCGGAUCUGGCCCAAUUGCCUUCUAAAUCCAGCCUGCGGACAGUCCGGGAAUCAGUGUGUUUUUACAUGAGUAGAAUGUGUCCUUUUAUUUAAAAUGCACCUCUGGGUUAUUUGUGGCACCUGCCUGGUGUUAUUACAUGAGCAGAAUGUGUGCUUUUAUUUAAAACGCAUCUCUGGGUUAUUUGUGGGGCAUAGGAAUUCAUUCAUUUCCCAGAGAUGGGAAAUAACCCAGAGAUGCAUUUUAAAUAAAAGGACACAUUCUACUCAUGUAAAAGCAUGCUGGUUACCAGACUGUCCAUGGGCUGGAUUUAGAAGACGAUUGGGCCGGAUCCAGCCCCUGGGCCUUAGCUUGCCUACCCAUGAUCUAAACCAGCAGUUCUCAAACUGUGGGUCCCCAGAUGUUGUUGGACUACAACUCCCAUCAUCCCUGAGCUCUGGCCUUGCUAGCUAGGGGUGAUGGGAGUUGUAGCUCAACAACAUCUGGGGACUCACAGGUUGAGAAAGGCUGAUCUAGGCCAUGGAUAGCUCCAGGUGAGUGUUUUGCUCCAACAAAGGCUUGGAGUAGACUGGGGGCCUUUGAAGCCUGUGUCUCCAGACUACCUCCUCCAAGCUGCAUCCCCUUGUGGAGAACCUCAGACUCCAGAACCAGCCCCAAUCCAACCUGAAAAUGGACACGUCUCCUCGGUUCCAGAAGCUCCCUUCAGGUGGACUUCUUUGUGCUGCUGUACUGCUGAUGUGCGGUGGGGACAUCUGGUUCUUCAGGUUAAGGGGAAGGCUCCUGUGAGGGUCUGGAAAGUUCUUCUGGGGCCUCCUUUUUACCAUAUUUUUUAUUAAGUUUUCCAAAUACAUUUCAAAGGGACGUGGGUGGCGCUGUGGGUAAAACCUCAGUGCCUAGGACUUGCCGAUCGUCAGGUCGGCGGUUCAAAUCCCCACGGCGGGGUGCGCUCCCGUUGCUCGGUCCCAGCGCCUGCCAACCUAGCAGUUCGAAAGCACGUCAAAGUGCAAGUAGAUAAAUAGGGACCGCUUACUAGCGGGAAGGUAAACGGCGUUUCCGUGUGCUGCGCUGGCUCGCCAGAAGCGGCUUAGUCCUGCUGGCCACGUGACCCGGAAGUGUCUCCGGACAGCACUGGCCCCCGGCCUCUUAAGUGAGAUGGGCGCACAACCCUAGAGUCAGACACGACUGGCCCGUACAGGCAGGGGUACCUUUACUUUUACCAUCACCUUUCUUAUCCAUUCUUUGGGUUCCUUCCAUUUUAGUGUGCAAAGAAUCCUAGCUGCAAGUUGUUACAUAUAUAAACAUCUUAAUCAUCUUUUUGGGGACUUCUGUAAACCUUGGUAGAAAAGUUUCAGAUUUUUUUGGGUAUCUUCUGGGGCCUCCUUUAGAACCACUUCAGGUGUCAGCUCUGAGGCCUGACCCAGACCUGGCUGCCCACCUGUUGCCCUGCAGACUCUGACUCUAUGCCCAUAAAAUGCUCUUGUUGCACUGUUUUUUGGAGGUUUCCCAGACAUCAAAGUGGAAGGGUGACCCCUCGCAUCAACCCACACUUCUCUUCCCUAAUGCUGAGCUCCUUCAUUUUUCUCUAGAUCAAAGAAAGAGGGGGCUGGUUUGCAUAAAUAGCCGUAUCGUUACAUGGGCAACUUUGUCGAGAUGGACAGAAAAGCAUUGAUUGACUUGGUCCAUUAGAGAAUGACCAGAUUUGGUCAAAUAGAAGCCUUUUCAAUAGUUUGUGUGUGUGAUUUUGGCCGGGGGGGGGGGGAUGAAAGCUUUCCCACCACCAGAAUAGCUUCUCGCCAUCCAAAGACACAUUUCAGUCAGUCAGAAACACUCAAACUUCUUUUGGGAAUUAUAGGGACAGAACUACCCCAAAUGUAUAGAAACAUAUUCGUGUAUGCGACUACAGCAGCAAGAAUGGUACUCGCCCAAAAAUGGAAAGAAGAAGAAGUCCCAGCAAAGAAGGAAUGGAUGCAAAAACUUAUGGAAUAUGCGGAAAUGGCGAAGAAUAAGAAAUCAAGAUAACAUUUUUUAAAAUAAAAGAAUGGAGAUGGUUUAUUGAAUAUUUACAGAUACAUUGUAAACAGAUAAGAACAUUGGCAGGAUUAUUGUAAUAACCUGCAGUUUUGUAAGAGCACAUAUUUAAAGAAGAUGAAAUAAAUGAGCAAAUAAAGUUAAUUUGGAUAUGCAGAAGAUAUUAGAAAUAAAUUUAAGGAACCGCAGAAAGAGGGGGGAAGGAAGUCAAGUUUCAAAAUGUCAAAAUGAUUGUAAAAUUGCAAAGACUAUCUACAGAAAUAUUGCAAAAUUAAUGAAUGUUAGAAUGAUGUUGGAUAGAAAUUAAGUGGUUUUCAGCUGUAAUACUAUAAGGGAAUAUGAAAAAUGGAUUAUUAAUAGGUAAAAAUUUAACGUUAUAAUAUUUUAAGAUUAAAGACUAGGAAUAAACAAAGAGGGUAAGGAUUUGCUGAACCAACAAAUCGAACUGGAAUACAAAAAAAGGGAGGCGUGAGGAGGUCCGGGAAACAAGUUAAUGAAAAAUAAGUAAUGGAAAGAAUGAGUUGUUUUUAACCAUUUUUAUUUUGUAUUUUCUUCUUUUUUUAUUUUUAUUUUGUAACAUUUUGAAAAUCUCAAUAAAUAUCUUAUAAAAAACAAACAAACAAAAUGAUUGUAAAAUUGGUGAAAUGUAUAAACUUGAAAAGAGGGAUGCGGGUGGUGCUGUGGGUUAAACCACAGAGCCUAGGACUUGCUGAUCAGAAGGUAGGCAGUUCGAAUCCCCGUGACGGAGUGAGCUCCUGUUGCUCGGUCCCUGCUCCUUCCAACCUAGCAGUUCGAAAGCACGUCAAAGUGCAAGUAGAUAAAUAGGUACUGCUCCAGCGGGAAGGUAAACGGCGUUUCCGUGCGCUGCUCUGGUUCGCCAGAAGUGAAUUAGUCAUGCUAUUUUCUGGUUUGCCUCAGGCAGCAAAAUGUUGGCCUAGCCCUGUCGCCAUUUCUGCCUGACUCCCCACCACUGCUGCCUGAGGCAUCUGCCCCCCUCUGCCUAAUGGUAGGGUGAGCCAUGAAUGCCACACACCUCUCCAUCCCCCUUCCAGGCAAGCAAGAGGCAUGAUCACAGUUCCAUGACCCAUUCCAGGCAGCCAAAUACAAUCAUGGAGGCUCCCUACCCAGUACUUAAGAAAAGUAUUAUAUAAAAUACUGCUUUCUGGUCUGUGAACGCUGUGCUGUAUCUGCAGACUGGAGGCAGUUGGGCUCCUAUCUAAAGUUCAGUCCACAUUAGAUGAGCAGUGACUCAUAUUUUUGUGGAAUAAUCUGGUUAUUUUGUGUGGGCAAGUACAACCCAGUCAUGAAUGUGCAUUAGAUCCUUCUUUUUCUGCUGAGUUGUUGCUUCGUUGCUGCGUACCUUGGCAAGCUCUGCUUCGCUCUAAUGAGCCCCAUUACCCAAGUGAGCAAGUCGCUUGGAGAGGAUGCCAAAAAAGACAAGGAAGGAGGGGAGGGGAAGGGAAUGAGAAGAACAGAGGAUAUGACCAAUGAACUCUUUGAGAGCCUCAAGCUGUAGACAAGAUAAGGCUCUCAGACAGGGCAUGGCACAGUUUAUUUGCAUAAGGCUAAGGGUGGAGAAUCCAAUUAGCAAGGCAAGCAUGGUGAUCAUAUGAUUAAAUGGCAAUUUCCUAAGAGCUGGAGAAGUAAACAUUUCUUUCCCCAGCUGACUAGUGCAGAAAUGAAUCUCAUCUCUUUUCUUUUCUUGCCCUGUACUGUGGAAGAAAAGAAUACUGGUGUAAUGCCAUUGGAGAGAAUGAGUUCUGAAUGGAUGAGAUUUGAAACAACAGGUUAUCUUGGUCCCUGGCUCUUAUCUUUGGCUCCCACUCCUGACUGAAUUGAAUGCUUGUUUUGUUCAGAAUAGACCCAUUGAAAUAAACAAAGCUAUGGUCGUCCUGUUCAUUCGCAUCAGGGGACAACUGUGAAUAGAACACAGGUUACACAACCUGAAGAGUGCAAUCCUAACUACGACUACUCAGAAGUCAUCUUUCUUCUUCUUCUUUGGUGAUCACUCGUAGCCAAGUAAGAUUGUCUUCCAUAAACACGGUUUUAAUAGUGGGUCCAUAAGUGACUGUGGAGGCCAAUUCUGGAUCAACACAUCUUUCCACAGUGGGGACAUAAGUUUCCAGGCAGGAGUUCACCAAGCAUGCCUUCCUCUUUGCAAGUUUCUCUCUUUUGUCCUGAGUUCGAGCGUCUUCAAAGUCCAUGACACCUUUGGAAAAGGCUGUUUUCCAAUUGGAGCGCUCGCAGGCCAGUGUUUCCCAGUUGUCGGUGUUUAUACUACAUUUUUAAAGAUUUGCCUUGAGAGAGUCUUUAAACCUCUUUUGUUGACCACCAGCAUUAUGCUUUCCAUUUUUAAGUUUGGAAUAGAGUAGUUGCUUUGGAAGACAAUAAUCAGUUAUCUGCACAACAUGACCAGUCUAAUGAAGCUGAUGUUGAAGAAUUAUUGUUUCAUCAUCAAUGGUGAUCUUUGCUUCUUCCAGUAUACUGGCAUUAGUUUGCCCGUCUUCCCAAGUGAUGUGCAAAAUUUUUCAGAGACACCGUUGAUUUCGGAGACAAUCUUUUGAGGAGCUGGAGAUGGCAUUUGUAAGUGGUCCAUGUUUCACAAGCAUACAGUAAGGUUGGUAGUACAGUAGCUUUGUAAACAAGCAUUUUGGUUUCCCUGCGAAUGUCCCGGUCCUCAAACACUCUGCACUUCAAUCGGGAGAAAGCUGCACUCGCAGCCAAAUUCAGUGAGGCUUACUCCCAGGUUAGUGAGGUUGUGAUUGCAGCCUUACUCUCCAGUUUUAGACCUCAUAACAUCUCAGCUGCAAGAGACAAGAGAGGCAUUUUUUUCCCAUUUAGUUCUAAAAAAUAUUUUCCUUCUUGUGCAUUACUGCUGGCUGGAGUACUUGCAUUUCCUUGAUAUUUUAUUUUUAAAAAUCGCUAUUUAGAUGUUUUCUUAAAGGUUCAGCCCUGUUCCUUGUGCAUCUUUCAAAGUGGCUGUUAACAGUUUGCAUGUAAUAUUUCGGAGACAUUUAUCUUUAAAAUGGGGGCGGGCAAGGGGUGUAGUGUGAGCUCUAAUGUAGAUCAAGUCAGCUUUUGUAAAACUAAUGCCUGUAUUUAGCAGCAGAAAACGGCAAAGGAUUAUACUAAUUCUCUUUGGCUCCUAGUUUCGCAUAACCCUGUUCAUCUAUUAAGAUUUAUUAGGGUUGCCAGCCUUCUAGGAUUCCACAGGACCAGUGGGUGAGAAGAAAAAGCUGUUCUUUUUUAGGAAACUAGUGUUGAAGUCUGAGGGCUGAACUACUGCCCUGAGAUCUACAAUAAAAUAAAAUAAAAACCCAGUCUGAUGUUUGGCAUAUAAAAAUAUAUAUAUAUAUAUUUGUUCUUAUUAAGCAAAAAACAAAGAGAACUUUUUUCACAGGGAUCGGGAAGACCGACUCUUGAAUGAUUGACAGGCAACCUUCAAAGGACCCUGUUUCGAAAGAGCCAUGUCGGUGCCGUUCCGGAAAGAGUUGGAGAAAUACAAGAAUAUCAACGAAGAUGAAAUUCUCAACAAACUCUCUGAGGAUGAGCUAAAGCAGCUGGAAAGUGUUCUUGAUGAUCUGGAUCCAGAGGUGUGUACCAAACAUGACAUUCGUUUUUCAAAGCCUAAACAACGUAGACCCUUCAUAUCUGAAAGACCACCAUCUUCCCUGGAGACUCUCUUAAGAUCAGCAGAGAGGGCCCUCUUGGUAGUUUUACUGUCCUUGGAAUUUCAUGGGGUCUUUGGCCGGGCCAGGUCAGGAGAGGCAGACCCUCCAAGUGUCCCUAUCUUCCAGGGAUGUCCCUAAUUUAGAGAAGCCGUCCCAGUUUCUGAUUUGAUCCCGUUUUUCCUUAGGACAGGGGUCAGCAAACUUUUUCAGCAGGGGGCCGGUCCACUGACCCUCAGACCUUGUGGGGGCCAGACUAUUUUUUUUUUUUUGGGUGGGAGAACAAAUUCCUAUGCCCCACAAAUAACCCAGAGAUGCAUUUUAAAUAAAAGCACGCAUUCUACUCAUGUAAAAACACCAGGCAGGCCCCACAAAUAACCCAGAGAUGCAUUUUAAAUAAAAGGACACAUUCUUCUACUCAUGUAAAAACACACUGAUGCCCGGACUGUCCGCGAACUGGAUUUAGAAAGCGAUUGGGCUGGAUCCGGCCCCCGGGCCUUAGUUUCCCUACCCAUGCCUUAGGAUGUCCCUAUUUUCAUUGGAGAAAUGUAGGAGGGUAUAGAGUUAUCUGACACCCCCCCCCCCAGCCGUCUGAAGGCAAUCCUGUAUAGGGAAGGGUUUUUUUUAAAUGUUUAAUUAUGUUUUUAUAUGUGUUGGAAGCUGCCCAGAGCGGCUGGGGCAAGACGGUAAGAUGUGUGGGGUAUAAAUAGUAAAAUUAUCGUUAUGGAUUGGAUGCCCCUAAUUUCAUCAGAGAAAUGUUGAAGGGUAUGGGUAGGGCCUUCUCUGUGGCAGCCCCUAAAGUUGUGAAAUUUCAUUCCCAGAGAGGUGCGUCUGGCACCUUCGUUGUACAACUUCCAUCAUCUAAUGAAGACACACCUCUUCACUCUGACACCCCAUAUGUAUUUAGGACCCACUCUGUUCUCAUAUCGUAGAUUGUUUUAUCUGAUUUUAAUAUUGUAGUUUUACAAUGUUGUAACCUGCUCUGGGACCUUCUGGUGAAGGACAAGUAAAAAGUCCAAUCAAUAAGAGUAAUUGGAUUUUAGCCUUAAGGAUCACAAAUCAAAAUCUUCACAAAGCUCAGAGUUACAUGUAUUGUAAAACUCGACCCGUGGAGGAUGAAGGUGAGCUGGUAGGAAGAACUACCAAAAUUUGAUUGUUCCUAAGGGGCAAUUUCAAGGGGAACAACAUUUUUUUGAAAGGCUCAAGAGAGCUUUUCUUCUGUUUCUUUUUUGGUGGCAGCCAUAGUGGUUCUUUUUUUAUUUCUCACAACAUUUUUAGGGAAGCUUUUAAUGUUUGAAGUUUUAUUCUGUUUUUAAUGCUAAAGCCACCCAGAGUGGCUGGGGAAACCCAGCCAGAUGGGUGGGGUAUUGAAAUAAUAAUAAUAAUAAUAAUAAUAAUAAUAAUAACUAUUUUGCUGAAAUAAAUGAUAUGCCACUCAUUGGAUAGGCAUUAAAUAUUGAUGGUAUAUAAUUUCACUUGCAUAGUGCUCCUGGAGAAGGGUUGUAAGACUUGAAAUGUGUUGGCGUUGGGCUAAAAAAAAUGUUUUCAGCUCACCUUUGGAAGCUCCUGUCUCAUCGUUCUUUGCUCCCUAAUGAGCACACGCAAGAACUGGGUGUAAAAUUACAGAUAAUGUGGAAACUUUCUGAAAGUCCACCGUCUCUCAGCUAUCGUCUGGCAGCAGUGAUUGCAGCAAGUUACGGCAGUGGGAGAGAUGGAAAACAAGGGCAAACACUAGCUCUGGCUGCUUACAUCCUGAAGCUGUUUUCAUUUCAGCUGGUCAUCAGGAUAACUAUUCAUUCAUUCAUUCAUUCAAAUUAAAGUUUUACACUCACAUAUCCAACAUACAUAAUAUAAACAAGAUUCCAGAGAAUCUCCUGGACUCCCCUCCUCCCCUUUGUGGGUCCUAUUGUUAAUAAUUUCCUCCUGCAUCUUUUAUGAUAAUCCAAAUCUUUUACAUCUCCAUUAUAUCCAAAAUUCACCAUUAAACUACAAGUGUUAUUCCAAUCCUGCUAACGAUUUUAAUUGUUUACAAUGAUUUUUUAAGAUAAAUUAUAAAUCCGCCCCCCCCAUUCCUUAUUAAAAUUCUGGUCUUCCUGAUUUCUGAUUCUUCCGGUCAUUUUUGCCAUUUCGGCAUAAUCCAUCAAUUUAAUCUGCCAUUCUUCUCUGGUAGGGACUCGACUACUAUUUAAGAACGUGUGUCCCAGUCUUCAAAAAUGUGCACCUGGAAUUGCGCUCCCCUUUCCUCUUCCCUACCCCUCGCUUUUUCCUUUUGUGUCGUGUGUUUUAGAUAGUAAGCUUGCGCACAGGGACUGCCUUGUUCUAGCUGCUCUGGGAACCUAGAGAAUUGCUCUAAAUAAAGACAGUAGUUUGCCAUCCUACUGACUCUCUGCUCCCCUCUCUCAUGUCUGCCUUGACAGAAUGCGCUUCUGCCGGCAGGCUUCCGUCAGAAGGAUCAGACCAGUAAACCUGCCACGGGACCUUUUGACAGAGAGCGGUUGUUGUCCUACUUGGAAAAACAAGCCUUGGAGCACCAAGACAGAGAGGACGUCGUGCCCUUUACCGGAGAAAAGAAAGGUAAGCCUCCAUCUUCACGGAUAGCCAAAAUGGCAGGGUAAAUGGGUGGCCUCAUGCUGAAAAUCAACCUAGCAACGGAAGUUCAGUGCCAAGUGGCAGACUUUUAACAUAUGAUUUGUAUUCUUCUUCUUUGGCGAUCACUCGUAGCUGAGUAAGAUUGUCUUCCAUAAACACGGUUUUAACAAUGAGUCCGUAAGUGACUGUGGAGGCCAAUUCUGGAUCCACACGUCCUUCCACAGUGGGGACAUUGGUUUCCGGGCGGGAGUUGAUCACGGUGUGGAUUUGCCAUCGUACCUUCCUCUUAGCACGUUUCUCCUUUGCUUCCUGAGUUCGAGUGUCUUCAAAGCCCAUGACACCUUUGGUAAAGUCUGUUCUCCAACUGGAGCACUCGCAGGCCAGUGUUUCCCAGUUGUCAGUGUUUAUACUACAUUUUUAAAGAUUUGCCUUGAGAGAGUCUUUGAAUCUCUUUUGUUGACCACCAACAUUAUGCUUUCCAUUUUAAAGUUUGGAAUAGAGUACCGUAUUUUUUGCACCAUAACACUCACUUUUUUUCUCCUAGAAAGUAAGGGAAAAUGUCUGUGCGUGUUAUGGAGGGAAUGCCUACGGGUGGCUUGCCUACGGAUUUUCCUCCUCUAAAAACUACAUGCGUGUUAUGGUCGGGUGCGUGUUAUAGAGCGAAAAAUACGGUAGUUGCUUUGGAAGAUGAUCAUCAGGCAUCCGCACAACAUGACUAGUCCAACGAAGUUGAUGUUGAAGAAUUAGUGCUUCAACACUGAUGAUCUUUGCUUUUUCCAGUACACUGAUAUUAGUUCGCCUGUCUUCCCAAGUGAUUUGUAAAAGCGCACCCUGGUAAAUUACAAAUUUGGUCUCUGGUCUGCCCCCUCAGUCAGAAGCUGUUUUGUCCAAAAUCCACAGUUAGGCAGUGCAUUUUUUUAAAGGACCAGUCAAAAUGCAACAACAGCAACAACAACAGUUUAUUAUUUAUACCCCACCCAUCUGGCUGGAUUUAACCUGCCACUCUGGGUGGCUCCCAACAGAAUAUUUAAAACAUGAUAAAGCAUCAAACAUUAAAAACUUCCCUAAACAGGGUUGCCUUCAGACAGCGAGCCAGUUUUCGAGUUCUGCAGAGUUUCUUUUCAGGGUGGGUGUAAUGCAAAAGCAACAAAAAACAAAAACCCAUAAAAAUGGGCAUGGUGUGGUGUAGCCAUAAGGUCUGCACCUGGACACAGGAUGGGGAAGAUAAGGCUGUCCAGGUGUUGCAUGAACUACAACUCCCAUCACCCCUGGCCAUAGGCUUAUGCUGGCUGGGGCUGAUGCAAGUUGGAGUCCAACAACUGGUCAAACUGGGGAAACUGGUUUUCAAGCUUCCUUAAGGCUGUAUACACCCCCCACCAAAAAACAAAGAAGCCUGAGAAUUGUAGUCAAGGGUGCUGGGAAUUAUAGUUCUGUGAGGGGUGAACUACAAUUCCCAGGAUUAUUCCGGUGGGGUGCGCGUGCUUUAAAUGUACGGUGUGUAUGUGAACCAUUGUAUCUAAGGACAGGUUGUCUCCUGCGAGUGCUGUCUUGCUACGAUAACCUUUCGCCGUACGAAUGAGCCCUGUGGGAGACUUCCGGGCUCUUGCACAAGAUGCGUCUCCUAAUUUGAAGCUGGCAACACUUUAUCGUCGUUGCGUAAGGGUCAGGCGCGAGCGAGGCUGGCAGGGUGUGUGAUCUAUGUGGUGUUUCUGACCACAAUAUUUAUUUUGGCAGAGCCUGUUGUAUAAAUGGCAGGGCGACGAUUGUUUGGAAAGCUUUCGUAGCCUGAACCUCACUGGAAAUGAGCUGUUUGGGGGGAUGUUGCCAGUUCCACUUCUGGGAAGGAAGAAGAGGGGGCCUCCUAAGAAAAGGGUGUGUGUGGCUGCCUUGGAGGCUUAGACCUGAGGUUAGCCAUCCUUGAGGCAGCGACAAGCCAGUCGGCAGUUAAGCAGAGGGACAGCCAGUCUCAGAGCAGCGCACCUUGCACUGUUGCAGAUUUAUGGAAGCGGAGGCACUCGUGCAUUUGUAUCACGUGACAUUGCGCUGAGACUCUCCCCGCACUUCUUUUUCAGCUGCUGAAAUGGCUGCGCUCACACACGAAACAACAAGAAGCAACACGUUGGCUAAUGAUAUACUAAGAAAAUUUUCAUAACAUUAUACCGUUUCAAAAUUCAUAAGCAGAAGACAUAACCCGUACGCAAAUUAAUUGAAACAAACAAUGUAGUUUAUUGUACAAAACUCACAGAUACAUGUACAAAACUCACAUUAGUAACGGAUAUGACCUCUGCUAUUUUAAAGCAGCGUUUGAACACGGUUUGGCAUGGAGUCUACUAGUUUCGAACAGUCGCUGUUGAUUUUCGGAUCCCUGUACCACACUUGAAUCAGCGCCUGAAUGAGCUUCUACAUAGUCGUACAGUCUACAGCAUGGAGGCAACUUUUGCAUAUAGCCCACAAAUUCUCAAUGGGAUUUACCUCUGGGGAAUUCCCUGGCCAAUCAAGUACUUGUGUUUGCUGCUCUGUCAUGAAUUUCUUCACCACUUUCAAUGUGUGACAGGGGGCUAGGUCCUGCUGCAAUAUCCCAGGACCAUCAGGAUACCUCUUUUCCAGCUCUGCAAGAGCUCUCUUUCGUAGAACCUCAAUAUAUUGUGGCGAGCGCAUCAUUCCUUGUAUUGGCUGCAGGCUUCUGACACCAUAAUGAUCAACUGACUUUUCGUGUUUGUUUUGAGUACAGGAUUACGAGUAAGAUAGAAAACAUACUUUGUUUCAAUUAAUUUGCACAAGGGUGUAUAAUAUGUGCAUGGAGUCACAAAUAAUAGGAAUCAAAUAAUUGUUCCAUAACCAGGAAUUGUAGGGUUGGUAAGUCACUGUCAAAGAUCACAGAAAUGGAGGAGAAUGCCUUUCCACAGUCAAUAUCCUACAAAUGUGAGGCGAUAGGUGCUCUGACAGAACAGUUCUUCCAGGAUAAUGAACUGUUUCAGUGAUAAUUCUUCCUCAGCUGGCAAUAAUAUAAAAUGAAAUCCAUUACAUUCAAAUGCAAUACAAAGAUUGAAACGACAGGCCUGCAUAUAAACAACCAAUAAUAAAUACAUACCAAAUUAAUUGUGAAUGGCCAUGGAUCAGCAAUCACUUAAAAGCAGGCAUGGUCAAACUUGUCCCUCCAGAUGUUUUGGGACUACAACUCCCAUCAUCCUUAGCUAACAGGACCAGUGGUCAGGGAUGAUGGGAAUUGUAGUCCCAAAAACAUCUGGAGGGCCAAGCUUGCCUAUGCUUGGCUUAAAAGUGUAGUAAGCUGAUAUUGUUGGCAGAACCCUUGUAGCUUUAUAAAGGCUACCCACAGGUGCAAUGAAUCACAUAAAUUUUCAGGAAAUUUAAAGAUACAGUAUCCAAAAAUCUGGCAAAGAGAACACAAAUAGUAGCCAUAUUGUCAGAAAACUUCAAUAAAACAAUUGAAAUCUAAUUCAGUAUUCAAACUCCCCGGGUGGAGAGUCAUUUUGGACUCACAGCUGUCCAUGGAGGCGCAGGUUAAUUCUGUGUCCUGGGCGGCUGUGUACCAGCUCCAUCUGCCUGCGGACUGUCUUGCCAGAGUGGUGCAUGCUCUAGUUAUCUCCCGCUUGGACUACUGCAACGCGCUCUACAUGGGGCUACCUUUGAAGGUGACCCGGAAACUGCAAUUAAUCCAGAAUGCAGCAGCUAGAUUGGUGACUGGGAGUGGCUGCUGGGACCACAUAACACCGGUUCUGAGAGAUCUGCAUUGGCUCCCAGUACGUUUCCGAGCACAAUUCACAGUGUUGGUGCUGACCUUUAAAGCCCUAAACGGCCUCGGUCCAGUAUACCUGGAGGAGCGUCUCCACACCCACCGUUCAGCCCGGACACUGAGAUCCAGUGCCGAGAGCCUUCUGGCGGUUCUCUCAUUGUGAGAAGUGAGGUUACAGGGAACCAGACAGAGGGCCUUCUUGGUAGUGGCGCCCGCCCUGUGGAACGCCCUCCCUUCAGAUGUGAAGGAAAUAAGCAGCUAUCCUAUCUUUAAAAGACAUCUGAAGGCUGCCCUGUUCAGGGAAGUUUUUAAUAUUUAAUGCUGUACUGUUUUUAACACUGGAUUGGGAGCUGCACAGAGUGGCUGGGGAAACUCAGCCAAAUGGGUGGGAUAUAAAUAAAUUUUAUUAUUAUUAUUAUUAUUAUUAUUAUUAUUAUUAUUUAAAUAGGUAAAUCAGUCUGGUUUCUUGUUGGUGCACACAUGACACUUGAUCCAUCAGCUCCCUUGUCCUUCCACACCGAUGCACAGCUUUUAAAAAAUAAUAUUUCAAAACUACUUUUUGCCAGCACCAGUUUAAAAAUAAAAAGGACAGGGAAAUGCAUGGCUGCCUCACCGCUGAGUUUGCUCCCCAUGGACCUAUUGAAACACACACACACACCCCAACCAAAAAAACCCUACUCCCAGCUUUGGGACCCUCCCCCACAACUUCCAGAUUCAAGCCCCACCCAAAAAAGUUCUACCUUGAGACCUGGUCUGGGGCAAAGUAGGAGUGUUCUUUUGGAUUGCAUGUAGUGCCAGAGUGUGAUAUUGCGCAGAUGGUGCAUGUGAGUCUAUUGAUGCUUUUUUUAAAAAAAGAAAAGCACCAUCCCAUGCGCAAAUGUUUCACUCUGGAAUCAAGGUUCAGCUGUACCUGUAUGUAGCACAUCAGGGGGAGGGACAGAAAGAGCGCCGCCGGAGGCGAGAGUUUAAAAUCCACUCUUCUUCCUGGAAAAGCCCUGCAGUUAGAAAUUUCUCUCUCUAGCUCAGCAACUUUCCCCUUUCUUUGAAGCCGAUGGCUUCGCUAGGGAAUGCUUGAACGAAAAGAGCUCUCCCAUGUCAACCAGCUGGUUAAAAGAUGAACGCUCAGUUGUGUGUGUGUGUGUGUGUUCUUUAAAGUCAGCUGUAUGGUUUUGAUUAUGUUGUGGAAUAAGCUGGGGGAAGCAGGGCAGGAGGAGAGAAUUCCAAAAGCUUCAUAGGAAGGCUGUGGAAUCGGGAAGGAAUUUGAUAGAGCGGCUGCUCGCAUUUUCUUAGGAAUCUUAGGAAGUUGUAUAAUCUUUGAAGAGGCACGGCUGUGACUAUCAUGCAAGGACCCUACACUUCUGAAUUUGCCACUAUGCUAUUGUACUUAAUGGACCUCUUUACCCUCACUUUUGACACUUGGAAUGUAUAUUUUUAGAACCCACUUUGUUUGUGUUGGGACGUGCGUGGCACUGUGGGUUAAACCACAGAGCCUAGGACUUGCCGAUCAGAAGGUUGGCAGUUUGAAUCCCUGUGACAGGAUUGCUCCUGUUGCUCGGUCCCUGCUCCUGCCAACCUAGCAGUUCAAAAGCACGUCAAAGUGCAAGUAGAUAAAUAGGUAAACUGGCGGGAAGGUAAACGGCGUUUCCGUGCACUGCUCUGGUUUGCCAGAAGCGGCAUAGUCAUGCUGGCCACAUGACCCGGAAGCUGUACGCUGGCUCCCUCGGCCAGUAAAGCGAGAUGAGCGCCACAACCUCAGAGUCGGUCACGACUGGACCUAAUGGUCAGGGGUCCAUUUACCUUUACUUUAUUGUACUUAAUGGACCUCUUUACCUUCACUUUUGACACUUGGAAUGUAUAUUUUUAGAGCCCACUUUCUUUGUGUUAAUUUUAGGUUAAAACUUUUAAAUAUUGUGCUUUAAUACUGAUAUUCAAGUGUUCCCUAGCGAAGCCAUCAGCUUCAAAGAAAGGGAAAAGUUGCUGAGCUAGAGAGAGAAUUUACUAAUACACAGUUUUAAUUGUUGCAACGUGCCCUGGAACCUUAAGGUGAAGGGCAGGUAAUAAAUUGCAGCAAUUAUUAUUGUUAUUAUUGUUAUUAUCAUCAUCAUCAUGAAUAUAUUGUAGGGGGAAAUAAGGUUUUAAUGGGCAUUGCUAAUAUGGGGAGAAGUACUAGCGUGGAGGCAUUCCUUUGGGAGUUGUCAUAGUAUUGCUAGCUUCUAAGUCUGGAAAUUAUGAAUCACCUCCCUAAAAAUAAUACAAGCAGCUAAAUAUCACAAGGCAAAAUCGAUCAGCUCUGUGCAUUAUUUGUCUCUUGUUCCUCGAAUGCAUGAAGCAGCCUUAAACUGACUCAGACCCAUCUAGUUCACUUCUUGUCUGGGUUCUUCACAUUAGUAGCCAAACACUGCUAGGUUGGGCGGAAAAAAACCAUGGAGAACAGCUAUAAAUUUACCUUUUUAUUAAACUAAUGCAAAAUGAUGAUGAGCUCAAAGAGUUGGAUCAGCUGCAUCAGUGGCAGUAGUGAACCUCAUGCAAGAUUGGGAAUGCAGGGCUACAUCCAAUGCAGUGCUAAGACAAAGCCACUUAAAGAAUAAUAGAGUUGUAGACUUGGAAGGUUCCCCCAAGAUGAAUUCAGGUCCAAUCCCCUGCAACGCAGGAAUUGCAAGAAAAUUAAAUACCGUAUUUUUCGCUCUAUAGGGCGCACCGGCCCAUAGGGUGCACCUAGCUUUUUUGGGGGGGGGGAAUAAAGGGAAAAAAAUUAUUUCCCCCCAGGCGCGGGGCUGGGGUGGGGGAAGCCCGAGCUUCCUCCGACCCCAGCCCCCAGAACAGGCUGCUAUCCGCAAGCCUGGAGAGCCUGGCAGGAGUUCCUGCCGGGCUCCCAAGGCUUGCGGAUAUCUGCCCGAAGCCCGGGGUGCGCUGCGAAGGCUUGCGGAUAGCUUCCUGAAGCCUGGAGAGCGAGAGGGGUCGGUGCGCACCGACCCUCUCGCUCUCCAGGCUUCAGCGAAAGCCUGCAUUCGCUCCAUAGGACGCACACACAUUUCCCCUUCAUUUUUGGAGGAGAAAAAGUGCGUCCUAUAGAGCGAAAAAUACGGUAAAUAAAAAUUUCUGACAGAUGGCCAUCCAACUUGUUCUACUGACAAAUGUUUCGUGCUGCUGGAACAUGGUUGCCUCAAAGAACUUCUGGUAACUUGCGGGGAAAGUCAUGUUCGUUUGAUUCCCACAGAAAGUGCUUUGUAAAAUCUAGGGUCCAUCGGAUGCUAGCAAUCAAAUAGGCAAUGCAGCUUUGUGGAGACAGUUCUUCAGAGCCUGUGAGGUUUUCUGAAGGCUUCUGUGUGAUGGGAUGUUCCCACAGAGGGGUGCUUCUUAGAGGGUUGUCGGAUCCUUGGAAAGCUUUGCCUUUGUCAUCCGAUUCAUAAAAUGAGAGGAGAAUGCACGUGAUGUUCUAGCUCUGCUCUCGUCGAAAUCCAUAGGGAAUGAGAUGACGUUGGCUGGUGGGAAAACCCAGGCCAGGAUGCAAAUGUCUUGGAAAACCCUCAUAAUGAAAGUCAGCUGCUUAGCGUUCAGUUCAAGAAAAAGAUACUUGGGUGCUGGCUGUGUUUUAAAAUGAGCAACCACUGAAUCCGUAGCAUUUCAUUUAAUUUUAUUUAUUCCUUUUGUGAAAUUUAUAUUCUGCUUGAGUGUAAACAACAAUCAGUAUCCAAACAAACCCGUGUUGCAAAGAGAACGUCAACAAUGUUUAGGCAACAUGACGACCAUAUACAUACGUAAUAAAAAGGUAAAGGUACCCCGUACGGGCCAGUCUUGCCAGACUCUAGGGUUGUGCGCUCAGCUCACUCUAUAGGCUGGGAGCCAGCGCUGUCCGCAGACACUUCCGGGUCACGUGGCCAGCGUGACAAGCUGCAUCUGGUGAGCCAGCGCAGCACACGGAACACCGUUUACCUUCCCGCUGGUAAGCGGUCCCUAUUUAUCUACUUGCACCCGGGGGUGCUUUCGAACUGCUAGGUUGGCAGGCGCUGGGACCGAACGACGGGAGCACACCCCGCCGCGGGGAUUCGAACCGCCGACCAUGUGAUCGGCAAGUCCUAGACGCUGAGGUUUUACCCACAGCGCCACCCGCGUCCCUGCAACAAUGUUUAGGCAACAUGACAACCAUAUACAUACGUAAUAGACAAUCUUUAUAGAAUUCCGUCAAACAAUAACAAGUUCAAAAUGAAAUCUUAGUCUCAAAAUCUCUGAAAUUCAGUAAAUAUAAUCUCCAACACUGAACAGAGAUUCCGGAUAUUGACUGCUGUUUUGUAGAUCUUCAUCAGCGUGGUGGGAGAAUAUAGAAUUGCUUCAUAAGCUGAAAAUAAAAUUUUACGGACGGUGACCUGCAUGACAUAUCACUUUACAAAAAGGAAUUCUAUAAAGAUUGUCUAUUACGUAUGUAUAUAGUCAUCGUGUUGCCUAAACAUUGUUGAGUGUAAACAACAAGAACCCUCGAGGCAGUUUGCAAAAAGAAUGUUAUGGUUCAAAAUUUACUGUAGAACAACAUCUUUAUUGGGACUACCUAAAAGGUCACAAAACAUCAAGCAAGCUUUCCAGUUCUCCAAAGUUCUUCUUCAUCAGGGUUCACCAACCUUUUGGAGCCUGGGGACAGAUUGGCAGGUGGGAGAAAUUCUUGUGGGCACCACAUCCGAGCCGCAACUUAUUCUACUGACCACAGCAGGCUGCUUCUAUUAAACCUAAUUUCAGCAGGGAGAGGAGGCGCUGUGGGUGCCAGGGGAGGCCUUGUGGGCAUGUGUACACCUGUGGGCACCACCCUGGCUACUUUGCAAGAUGGAGUUGAGCAGGUAUUGGGGCCCUUUGGCCCUCCAGAUGUUGCAGAACGACAGCUCCCAUCUGCUCUGACAGGCAUGGCCAAUGGCCAGGGAUGAGGGGAGUUAUAGGUCAGUAACAUCUGGAGGGCGAAAGAUACAGGCACUCUGCAUCUGAAAUCAAGUACUGAUAAUCCUAGACAAACUACCAGUUAGUUUCCGGGCCCAAUUCAAAGUGCUGGUUUUGAUCUAUAAAGCCUAAAACGGCUCAGGACCGCAGUGUCUCAAGGACCACCUCUUCCCAUAUGAACAUACCCGGACCCUGAGAUCAUCUUUUGAGGCCCUUCUUGUGUGCCUCCUCCGCAAGAGGUCCAGAGGAUGGCAACACGAGAACAGGGCCUUCUCUGCAGUGGCUCCCUGUCUGCGAAAUGCUCUCCCCGGGGAAGUCUGCCUGGCGCCUUCAUUACACACCUUUAGGCGCCAGGCAAAAAUGUUCCUUUUCAACCAGGCCUUUGCCUGACUUGAUCUACAUCCUAUGCCCUUUUUUAAAAUGUUGGCUCUUUUGGUUUUUUUUUUAAUUGGGUUGUUGGUUUUGUUUUGAUUUUAUGAAUUUGAUAUUUAUGUGACUAUACCUUUGGGUAUAGGUCGGAAUAGAAAUUAUAUUAUUAUUAUUAUUAUUAUUACAUUGAGAAUAUCUGAACACUCAGAACAUCAACAGUGUGGGUCUGGAAAGUGGAGAAACAGGCAUCUUUUUUUUCCUUUUUCCAACAUUUGCCCGGGAUGGUCAGCAGUCACAUGUUCCAUGACGGCAUUUACCAGAAUCUGGGCAUUCACACUACACAAAGAUCCAUACAACUUCUCUCUGAAUAAACUCUUAAGUGGGUGAACCCUGCCAGUCUAACUGAUGGUUACAUCACAUCUAUCCAGUUUAAUUUGCUUUCUCUUCCUUUUCCCUUUUUCUUUUUAAAGGAAAAGCAUUUAUCCCUAAAGAAAGACCAAUAGAAACCCGCACAGAGGAGAAAGUAACUCUGGAUCCAGAAUUAGAAGAAGCCCUGGCCAGUGCCUCUGACACUGAGCUGUACGAUCUAGCAGGUUUGUUGCCAUCUUUGAACAGUUGGGUUAUCUCAAACUGGGCCUGGGUGUCUUAACACAGCUGGCAGCAACAGCCCUGGGGUUUUUUUUUCAACUCCUACCAUGCUUCUCAAGGGGGCCAUCCAUGAUGCCGCAAUAUAAGAUGACACGACCAAACCACACAUUCUGUUUUUGUUUUUGUGAUAUAUAUAUAUAUAUAUACAUAUAUAUAUAUACACACACACACACACACACACACACACAUAUACUGGGACGCGGGUGGCGCUGUGGGUUAAACCACAGAGCCUAGGACUUGCCGAUCAGAAGGUCGGCGGUUCGAAUCCCCGCGACGGGGUGAGCUCCCAUUGCUCGGUCCCUGCUCCUGCCAACCUAGCAGUUCGAAAGCACGUCAACGUGCGAGUAGAUAAAAAGGUACCGCUCUGGCGGGAAGGUAAACGGCGUUUCCGUGCGCUGCUCUGAUUUGCCAGAAGCGGCUUAGUCCUGCUGGCCACAUGACCCGGAAGCUGUACGCCGGCUCCCUUAGCCAAUAAAGCGAGAUGAGCGCCGCAACCCCAGAGUUGGUCACGACUGGACCUAAUGGUCAGGGGUCCCUUUACCUUUACUAUAUAUAUAUAUAUAUCACAAAAAAAAACCCAGAAUGUGUGGUUUGGUCCUGUGUGUGUGUGUGUGUGUGUGUGUGUAUAAUUUUCUGUUUUACAAUUUAGAAUAUUCAUUUAAACAACCUUAAAAUAUCAAAGACUUCCCUUCUCUUUCCAUGGUUCAUUUUGCAUAACAUAAAUCCCUGCAUACCGUAUUUUUCGCCCUAUAGGACGCACCUAGUUUUUUGGGGGGGGAAAUAAAGGAAUUUUUUUUAUUCCCCCCCUCCCAGCCGCGGAUAUCUGCCCAAAGCGCGGGGCGCUCUGCUUUGGCGCGCCCUGCGCUCCGGGCAGUAGGCUGCUAUCCGCAGCCUAGGGAGCCCUGCAGGAACUUCCGCGGGCUCCCCAGCCUUGCUGAUAGCUUCCUGAAGCCUGGAGAGCGAGAGGGGUUGGUGCGCACUGACCCCUCUCGCUCUCCACGCUUCAGCGAAAGCCUGCAUUCGCCCCAUAGGACGCACACAGAUUUCCCCUUCAUUUUUGGAGGGGGAAAAGUGCGUCCUAUAGGGCGAAAAAUACGGUAUUUUAUAUAAGCGAAACCAUUCAGUACAUCAAAACACACAUUCUGUUAGCAACAAAGCUGUGCCUUUCCCCCCUGCACACAAAAGGCUAGUGUGGGGUUCCUGAUCUGGAUUGGGUCCUUAGCAUGGGGAACAGGAGGGCUUUAACCCUUUGUCCCCUCACUAUCCUUAAAAAAAAGAAAAGAAACAAAGGAGACUCGCCCCUGAUUACAGGUUUGGGAUUCCCAAUCUGGACUGGGACCACAAUCGAGGGAUAAUGCCCCCGGAUGCUAGGACGCCUGUACUUUAAAGGCAUAGCUAUGACUCAGUAGCCCAAGUCCGUAAGCUCUUAUAGCACAAAGGCAAAUGUAGAUUUCCCCCCCCCCAAAAAAUUUUUUUUCCAUUGCUGGGCUAUUGAAAUCCUAUAUUGCUGGGCCUUCUCGGUGGUGGCACCCGCUCUGUGGAAUGCCCUCCCAUCAGAUGUCAAGGAAAUAAACAACUAUCUGACUUUUAGAAGACAUCUGAAGGCAGCCCUGUUUAGGGAAGUUUUUAAGGUUUGAUGUUUAAUCAUGUUUUUAAUAUUCUGUUGGGAGGCGCCCAGAGUGACUGGGGAAACCCAGCCAGAUGGGCGGGGUAUAAAUAAUAAAUGAUGAUGAUGAUGAUGAUAGCUGAAGCUAACACCUGUGCUCUUGGUGGUUUUUACAGCUGUCCUAGGAGUGCACAACCUGGUCAACAACCCGAAGUUUGAUGAAGGAACCACCACUAAAGAUGGCAAAGAAACCGUGAAAAGUAAGCAGGCACUUUUCUUUCUCCUAGAUGGUUUGCAAGCGUUCAAGCAUCCAAAGGGGAAGUUCCAGAAUAUUGCUGUUUUCCGGGGAGGGGGGGUCUGGAAAGGACUGAGGGCCUUCUGGCGGUUCCCUCGCUGCGAGAAGUGAGGUUACAGGGGAACCAGGCAGAGGGCCUUCUCGGUGGUGGUGCCCACCCUGUGGAACGGCCUCCCAGCAGAUGUCACUAUCUGACUUUUAGAAGACAUUGGAAGGCAGUCCUGUCUGGAAUGUCUGGAAGGCAGACAUUGGGAGGGGUGGCUAACACCCCAGAGGACAGGAUCACACUUCAAAACAACCUUGACAGAUUAGAGAACUGGGCCAAAACAAACAAGAUGAAUUUUAACAGGGAGAAAUGUAAAGUAUUGCACUUGGGCAAAAAAUGAGAGGCACAAAUACAAGAUGGGUGACACCUGGCUUGAGAGCAGUACAUGUGAAAAGGAUCUAGGAGUCUUGGUUGACCACAAACUUGACAUGAGCCAACAGUGUGACGCGGCAGCUAAAAAGCCAAUGCAAUUCUGGGCUGCAUCAAUAGGAGUAUAGCAUCUAGAUCAAGGGAAGUAAUAGUGCCACUGUAUUCUGCUCUGGUCAGACCUCACCUGGAGUACUGUGUCCAGUUCUGGGCACCACAGUUCAAGAAGGACACUGACAAACUGGAACGUGUCCAGAGGAGGGCAACCAAAAUGGUCAAAGGCCUGGAAACGAUGCCUUAUGAGGAACGGCUAAGGGAACUGGACAUGUUUAGCCUGGAGAAGAGGAGGUUAAGGGUGAUAUGAUAGCCAUGUUCAAAUAUAUAAAAGGAUGUCACAUAGAGGAGGGAGAAAGGUUGUUUUCUGCUGCUCCAGAGAAGCGGACACGGAGCAAUGGAUCCAAACUACAAGAAAGAAGAUUCCACCUAAACAUUAGGAAGAACUUCCUGACAGUAAGAGCUGUUCGACAGUGGAAUUUGCUGCCAAGGAGUGUGGUGGAGUCUCCUUCUUUGGAGGUCUUUAAGCAGACCAUAUGUCAGGAGUGCUCUGAUGGUGUUUCCUGCUUGGCAGGGGGUUGGACUCGAUGGCCCUUGUGGUCUCUUCCAACUGUAUGAUUCUAUGAUUCUGUUUAGGGAAGUUUUAAAUGUUUGAUUGUAUUUUUAAUAUUCUGUUGGGAGCCGCCCAGAGUGCUGGGGAAACCCAGCCAGAUGGGUGGGGUAUAAAUAAUAAACUGUUGUUGUUGUUGUUGUUGUUGUGACAGUCAUUAUUCAGAUAGUAUUUCAGACAGUUUCAUCACAAUAACAACCACCCUGAGACCUGCAGGUAUAGGGCAGUAUAUAAAUUUAAUAAAUAACAACCACAACAACCAUAUUCUGUCGUUUAAGAUGACCCAACACUAGCGAAUCUCAUUAGGAAAGAUAUCAUCCUAGAAAGAGAGAAAUGAGGGGUGUCCCUAUUUUUCUACAGAAUUAUGCUGGGCGGGGAAUGAAUGAAUGAAUGAAUGAAUAAAUAUUCAAUCGCAUAUGGGCAAAUCCAGGUUGCAGAAUUGGAAUGCUCACUCAGUUGCCAGGGUCAUCUAAUUGCUAUGCAGUCAAAUCAGGAUGAAUGCUCAAUAUAAAUGGGUUGUAUGGAAGCACAUUAAGUCACACCUGGUUUAUACAUUAAAUAUCUUCUAGGAUAACAAUGCACACGCACAUGACUAGGAACUCUCCUCUCAGCAGCAAGAACCAUCAUAACUAGACACUGGAUGGAUCUCUCAGGAAUGAAAAUUGACGGCUGGUAUGGGAAACUGCCCUAGUAGAAAAGUUAACCAACAAACUUAAUAUUUAUAUACAGCCUUUCAUCCAAAGGUCACAGCAUAAAAAGAUAAAAUCAUUUGUUUUUCAAGCAUUUCAAAGCAAUUUAAAGUCCUCAAUGGCUUAGGACCAUGGCUUACUUCUCCCAUAUAAACCUGCCCAUAUAUUAAGUUCUUCUGGAGAGCAUCGUCUCUGCAUCCCACCAACAUAUCAGGUACAUUUAUCAGGAAAUGGGCAAAAGAGAUGUCUCCCUGCCUGCACCAAGGCGCUAGAACUCCCUUCUUGAGGCGGCUCAUUUGAAGCCCUUUAAUGGUUUUUCACUUGUAUACAUUGUACUUUUGACCAACUUUAAACCAACUACCUUUGGAACCAGCCCUUUGUGUGGGGGCUGUUUAAGAUUAACUGCGAUUCCAGUUGUCUUCCCACGUUCGUAAAGCCCCUGGGAAAUGUGGAAGAAACGGGGCAGUUUUUAUUCCACCCAAAAUGAGGCUGAUGUUAUAGCCCUCCCGGCUAGAGGCCUGUAUGCUGCCGCCCUCAAAGGGCUUAUGUUGCUAAUUUGUGUCCCUCUCUGUGAUUAUUUUAUCUCUCUUUUUUCUGCAAAGGUCCUCCAUUCCAGCUUGGUGGGUCUGCUAAGCUGCACUCCUGUCACAUAUUUAGCAGCUAGGAAUUUGCUUUGUCAGACAUCUUCAUUCCAAAAACAAUACUCCCCUCCAGCAGAUAGUUGUUGCUUUGUUUUCAAUUGGGGGGAAAAAAAGGUGAGGGAUGCAUUUUAGGAGCCCCUGAAGAAAUAAGAUUAUAAGCAGACUGAACGAGGAGAGGCUCCACAGGAGGGAAGAAGAGGAGCUGUUGUGUUGCACUGGUUAGACUAGGGUCAAAGAGACCUGGAUUCAAAUCCUGCCGCAGCCUCCUCAAAAGCUGGCUGGGCAAGCGUUGUCUUUUUCUGUCUCUUAGUUCAGUCUAGCUCAUGGGACUGUAGCAAGGAUGAGGCCUGGGCGAUAUAUCAAUAUUGUGGGAAUGUUUAGGGAUGUGGGGGAGGAUAUAUUGUCUAAGAUAUCCUACCCCAACUUCUCUUUACAAGUUCAACAAAAUCAGCAGAGUUAACAUUCCCCUUUUUUAAAUACACACACAGCAGAUAGCUUGCUCAGUCUCUAUAAAUAUUUCCUGGUAUUUUCCCCGUUUAAUCCCUCCUAAAAUAAGACGCUACACAGUCUUCUGUAAAGUAUAAAACGUUAACUCACAAGUAAUCAUCUGUUCACACAAAGGUUCCCUGAAGGCAGACUUAAAAGGUUAGAACAUAGUUUAAAUGUGGUGACUAUCUCCUUAUGGGAGAAAGCCCCCCCCUUUCUUCUCUUGGCCUGGAGCCAAGGGUGCAUCUUAGUAGUGCUGUUGUUAAGAUGGCGUCGAUAGAGACAAGAGAGACAAGAUGGUUGCCAGCCUGUGAUUCUGGUUCUUUCUUACUUCAGGAGAGGCCACGCCCAUCUCAAGUUACACAUCUCAAGUUUCGUCUCAGUCCUGGAAAGCAGGAGGUUCUGGCUGGAGGACUGAGACAACCUUCAUGUCUACUCUAGCAAUGUUGUGUUUGACUGCACCUGAUUCUUACAUCCCACAAAUAUAUCGCCCAGGAACGGUAUGAGGAGCAGACUGUGAUGUCGGCUUCAUUCAGCAGUACAGUCAUACCUUGGGUUGAAUGUGCUUCGGGAUGAGCGUGUUCGAGUUGUGCUCCGUGGCAACGGAGUGUGUUACUUCCGGGUUUCGCCGCGUGCGCAUGCGCUCAAAAUGACGUCACGCGCAUGCGCAGAAGCGCCAAAACGUGACCCGCACACGUGCAGACACACGGACAUGGGUUACGUUUGCUUCUAGAUGCGAACGGAGCUCCGGAACGGAUCCCGUUCGCAUCUAGAGGCACUACCGUAUAUCGCUGGUGAAACUGCCACCGCUCCUGAGUCCCUCUGCUAGCGACUUCCUCCAGCGAUACAUCACUCAGUGAAACCGCCAUCCCACUCUGCCUUCAUCCUGCACAGAGGAAGAAGAAAGCUGCAUUGGCGAGGCACUGAUACAGCUUGUUCCUCCCUCCGCAUCUUUAAACCUCUUGGCUGAGGACUGGUGGGUGGCUGCUCCCCUCAGCUGAGCAGUUAAAGGAUCCCCCAGCCUGGCGCUGGCUCCCACACAAGCAGGGGGAGCACUAGGGUUGGCUCUGCCAGGGAUGAGGAGCCCUCCCGCACCCCAGCUGAGUUGUCAGGCUUCAGAUAACCCAACCUCUCCCAUUGCUGGCAGCCAAGAAGUUGAUAAACGAGAAGCGUUCUUACCAAGUCUUUUAUUCAAUAUUCACAAAGAGGUAGAUGUGGAAAUGCAGUCUCUCUCAGAUAAUGGCGUUGCUCCGAGUAAAAUCCCACCCCCUCCGUCUUUCCUAUUCCAUGUCAUCCCUGUGUCGGCUGACCUGUGCGUUCUGCCUCUGAGCUUUUGGUUCUCUUACUUUCAAUGCACGCUGGGUCCUGGCAGGGGUUGGGUCAGGAACGCUUUCUAAAGACACUGAGUCUGUCGGCUGUCUCUCCCCUGGUCAGGACCGGAUUUAGGUUUGAUUAAGCCCUAAGCUAUUGAAGGCAAUGGGGCCCUUUAUAUGUCCAGCUGUCCUUUGUCAACAACAAAUUGUCGCUGUUUUAGACUUUCAGAACGGAUUAAGUUUAAGAGCCAAGAUACCACUGUAUAUAGAAAUGAGCAAACCAGUGAUAUUUUAGGGAGCAGGCUAGCAGGCGGGGCCCAUUACUUGCAUCAUAGGAGCCUACACAACACAAAACACUGCUGCUGCAUGUAGGUUUUAUUUUAUUUGUUUUUUAUCUUAUAUCUUGGAAAUGUACAUCCAGUUUUUUCCCCCUUUAAAUUUUUUGGGGGCCCCCAAGAGAGUGGGGCCUUAAGCUAUAGCUUGUUUAGCUUAUAUGUAAAUCUGGCACUGCUUCUGGUGCUUCUUCUUCCUGCUGCUCCUCUCCCAAUAUUUCCCAGCUUUUCCCCUCUGCAGCCUCUGAACUAUGACCUUCUGCAAACCACCGUUCUAAAUCUAUACUGUCCUCCUCUUCUCGGGAAGGAUCAGGAGGAGGGGGGCGGUCUCCACCUUUCCUCCUCAGUCCAGUCCCUGACAUCAGCCUUACAAACAAGCUGCCUUUUCCCAGCCCGCUAGGCACUGGGGUGAAACUGCCUCUGCCCCCACAGUGAGAGCUGCAGCAAUUUCACCCGGCGCUCGCAGGCUGAGGCCAACUCAGCUUGGUUUUUCAACACCAUGUGUCAGGGAACUGCCAUCAGUGCCAGAGGGAGAGAGCAAAAUCCAGAGGGAUUUCGGAGAGCGUCCCGGGAUUGGGAGAGGCAGCCCAUCUUCUGGGGAAGAGAAUCAGCGUAGCACUAGUGGAGAAGGGGGCAGAUGGGGAAGCGGCGAGGCGGCCCCAAUAGACCUCUGCCAGGACCAGCGGGGAGAGUAGGGUCCUCCGCUGCCUACGCCCUCCUUGCGCAGAAGGCUUUCGCAAGCAGAGAGAGUAGGAGGAGACGAGGCUGUCACAUUUCUCUUGCCAUGGAAGAACGUUUCAGUAACGCCCACUGACGGAUAUCAUGUUGUGUAUCUGUAGCACACACCAGGAUCUAGGGCUGUGUGAUUACCGCUCGUAUUUGCAUGAGGGCAGAAGCACACUGGCCAUUUAGCGUCCAGAUGCUUCAGGUUGCGUUUUUUCGGAUUAUGAACCCGCCGUAAGCUGGAACAGGUUACUUCCGGGUUUCGGCGGCCGUGCAUGCGCAGAAGUGCUAAAUUGCGCUCUGCACAUGCACAGAAGCGCUGAAUCACAGCCCGCGCGUGCGCAGAUGCGCCGCUGUGGGUUGCGAACGUGCCUCCCACACGGAUCACGUGCGCAACCCGAGCAUCCACUGUAUAUCGCCAGACCACGAUGUUUGUUGAUAUACCACAACGUUGAAAAGCUGAUAUCGCCCAGCCCUAGCAAGGAUUAGAUGGAACCUUGUACACCCCACUGAGCUCCUGGGUGGAAGGGCAGGAUUAAAAGAAAGGAAAUAAAACACUCAGUAAAAGCUCCCUGGCAGGGUAGCAUUUCAUAUAACUGCAGAAACAGGAUCUGUUCUACAAAAGCUUAUCGCACAAUACACAUGUUACUCUUCAGUAGGGAUGGGGCAGAAAUUCAAUACAGUUCACAUUUAAGGCAAAGCUAACCUAAGUUGCAGCUUCCAAGACAAUACACACUUCUCUUAAUUUUGCAAUGCAGUCCUCCAGCCGAAAAAUGUAUACAAAAAUGCAUUUUCAAAGGGUCAAGAGUGCAUAUAAUUGCAUAGGUUUGUGGAAAAUAACAUGCAGAACUGUGUUAUAUUGAGGGAAAUUGUAGGAAAAAAUUGCAUAAAAAUGUGCAAAUAAUAGGAGAAAUUUUGAAUUGCCGAAGGGUUUUCAUGAGGAGCUGAAGCUGACAAAUUCACCCAUCCUAACUCUUUAUAAAGUGCCACAGAACUUGUGUGGUUGCUGGAACAGUCUAAGGCAGUUCCCUGUCUCAAAUUUCUCUUUAAUUUGUAUUUGGCUUGGAGAUCGCUGGUUGCUAGAAGUAUAGCUUUCCAUACGGUAGCUGCUUGGGUGGUCUAAGCCUGCUAUUUAUCUCAGUCUAAUAUUUAAGAAUUACAAUUGCAGAUUAGCAUUAAAAGCUGUGGGGUUUUUGUUUUCUUUUCUUUUUUAAAAAGCACUUGCAGGAAUAAUCAGUGCUGCUUUAUAUAGCUCAGGGCUGCCAGCAUUGAGAAUGGUUGUGCAAGCAAGGCUCCUCAAGACUUAACAAAUAAUGGGUUGGCAAAGUGAGCAACUCUUCACUUGAAGGAUGUGCAGAUGUGGCAAUUUCACAAGCACCAAUUGAAUUCACAGUUGGAGCAUGCAGGGAAUGUCCAUAAGUUAGUUCAGACCAGCAUAAUUCUGUAGAACAAUAGGGACACCCCUCAUUUCUCUCUUUCUAGGAUGAUAUCUUUCCUAAUGAGAUUUGCUAGUGUUGGACAGAAUAUGGUUGUUGUGGUUGCUUUUAUUAAAUUUAUUUACUGCUCUAUACCUGCAGGUCUCAGGGUGGUUGUUGUUGUGAUGAAACUGUAUGAAUGACUAUCUGAAUAAUGACUGUCUGAACAACAACAACAACAACAACAACAACAACAACAACAACAACAGUUUAUUAUUUAUACCCCGCCCAUCUGGCUGGGUUUCCCCAGCCACUCUGGGUGGUUCCCAACAGAAUAUUAAAAACAUGAUAAAAUAUCAAACAUUAAAACUUCCCUAAACAGGGUUGCCUUAAAGGUAAAGGGACCAGUAGGUCCAGUCAUGGCCGACUCUGGGGUUGCGGCGCUCAUCUCGCUUUAUUGGCCGAGGAAGCCGGCAUUUGUCCACAGACAGCUUCCGGGUCAUGUGGCCAGCAUGACUAAGCCACUUCUGGUGAACCAGAGCAGCGCACGGAAACACUGUUUACCUUCCUGCCGGAGUGGUACCUAUUUAUCUACUUGCACUUGAUGUGCUUCCGAACUGCUAGGUUGGCAGGAGCAGGGACCGAGCAACGGGAGCUCACCCCGCCGCAGGGAUUCAAACCACCAACCUUCUGAUCAGCAAGCCCUAGGCUCUGUGGUUUAACCCACUGCGCCACCCACGUACCUUAAGGUUGCAUUAGAUGUCUUCUAAAAGUCAGAUAGUUGUUUCCUUGACAUCUGAUGGGAGGGCGUUCCACAGGUGCGUGCCACCACCGAGAAGGCCCUCUGCCUGGUUCCCUGUAACCUCGCUUCUCACAGUGAAGGAACCGCCAGGAGACCUUCGGCCCUUGACAGAAUCCCACCCGAAAACAGCAACAAGUCUGGAACUUGUGUGAAAAAUGAUCUCCCAGAAUUCCCCAUCCUAUUUGUGGGUGGUGAAAUUGGUGGUGGGGGAGCAUUCUCCUGAAUAUUUGGGAUGGGGUGGUAAUUCUGCUGCAAUUUGGAUGGUGACAAAAAAAGGAAACUCAUCAGAAAACUCCCUGGGAAAAUUGCUGGCUCACGUAACACCCAGCAUGAUACUUGCAAUGGUCAAAUAACCAAGGUUCUUGGUCCAAGGAGCAUCUUUAAAAACUGGGCAUGUGGUGGGACAUGAAUCUUCAGGAUGUCUUCCCUCUUUCCCAUGACUUUACCUUCUGCGCAGCCAGCAGCACAUUGUUCCAUGGGGGUAGAAAACUGAAGAUGUCCAGAAAGUCAGUCAAUCCACCUGAACAGCUUUCAAGACAAGAACAGAAGAAGGGAUCUGAAUGGCUGCUAACCGCUCCAACUGACUGGGCUUUCAACUUAGCCAGGGAUCCUUUCAAGCAAGUCACCUGGUUUCCUAGGAAACAAACCAUUCCCCAGGAUUCCACAGCUGGUUGUGACGUCAGAGCCUGGCCAAGGACGGGAGCCAAUGGGCUCUGGGCUCCAGGAACGCUCUCUCUGCCAGGCCCAUGGCACCACUGGGCAACCUCAGGCAGCUGCCAAACGUCUGACCCACCUUCUUUCCCUCAGAGAAUCCCAGGCACUGAAGUUUACCUCUCACAGAGUUACAAUUCCCAACAACUGAACAAGAACAAGAAUAAGAAUAGUUAAUUUAUACCCCGCCCAUUCGGCUGCGUUUCCCAGCCACUCUGGGCGGCUCCCAACAGAAUAUUAAAAACACGACAAAAUAUCAAACAUUACAAACUUCCCUAAAUUUCUCUGUGUUUUUAAUAACAACAACAACAACAACAACAAUUUUUUAAAAAAUCUGGCUCCCAACAGAAUUAAAAGCACAAUAAAACAUCAAACAUUAAAAACCUCCCUAAAAAGGGCUGCCUUCAGAUUUUCUAAAAGUCAGAUAGUUGUUCAUUUCCUUGACAUCUGAUGGGAGGGCGUUCCACAAGGUGGGCGCCACCACCAAGAAGGCCCUCUGCCUGGUUCCCUGUAGCUUCACUUCUUGCAGGGAGGGAACCGACAGAAGGCCCUUGGCGCUGGACGAUGGGGGUGGAGAUGCCAUCCCAAUGCGUAACUUGUUUAUGUUCUUUUUAGAUGUAGUCAAAGGUGAGAAGGUCAAGCCAGUUUUCGAGGAACCGCCUAACCCGACGAAUGUUGAAGCCUCUUUGCAAAGGAUAAAGGCAAAUGAUCCCACACUCCUGGAAGUCAAUCUGAACAACAUAAAGGUAGGGAUAGCAUUGCUGCUCAUCUGAUUGCCCCAUUGUGCCAUUUUUUAAAUUUGUAAAGUAUUCCUAAAUGGUCUUAAAUUUGUUUUAUAAAGUAUUGUUAUGACACUACCCCAAUCUUUGAGUGGUGAGAGACUUCAGGGUACCUCCGCUUCACCCAGGGUUUAGUUACCUUGGAAUAAGCAGGGACUGUGGCGUCUUUAGGAUAUAUGGUUUUAUUUACACAUACACAAUUGAGCAUAGGAUAGGGAGCUCACAGCAUUACCACCACAACAGAUAUUGCUUCUCCAUUAGAACUCCAGGGAAUGACCCUUGUUGUCCCUUCCAACUCUAUGAUUUGGAUUCGAAUUCAAUAGAUAUUCAUUUUUAAAUAUUGUAUUUUCUCGAUUAAUACAGAAUAUCCCCAUUCCAACUUUGAAAGACUUUGCAAAAGCUUUGGAAACCAACACCCACGUGACGAAAUUCAGCCUGGCUGCUACUCGGAGCAACGACCCUGUUGCAAUUGUAAGUUUGAGAAGAGUAUCCUUCGGAGAGAAAGAAAAAGCUCUUCACUUUUGGCUGAAUCAAAGUGCGGUGUUCCAAAUGCCGAGAAGCUUUGUCUGUGGGAGUGCAAACUCAAAACCAGCUCCAGGGUCACGGUGUUUUUGAGAUUUUGUCAGCGAAAGUUCUCUCCACAGUUUUCCUCUGCCCUGUUUGAGAGUUCACUCUCUAUUUCCUUCAUUGCUGGAUUUGGGAACAUAGGAAAACUAGAUUUUGUGUCCGGCUGCUGAGCAAGCAGAAACUAAUCAGGCAUAGCUCUCCUCGCCUCUGCCUUUGAUAGAAAAGACCUCACAGCUGUGCUGCUGUUAAAAUGCACCAGGGUCCCAGAAGAAGAAAUAAAACGGCAAUUCAGCAUACUGGUUAUGGGGGUUAUGAACUGUUUUAGGAAAAAAGUAACUUCCCUCACCGCUUAAUGGCCAAGGGAGUUGCUCAGUGGCUUCAAUGACACCUGGGAAGAACCUCAGAGUUGGUGACUCCUGAGUUACAACAAUCCAAGCACAUUUUAUCCAGAAAUUAAAUUAUAUCCCAUUUUAGAGCUCUAACAUCUCUGAUUUGUAAGCUGCAUUGCUGUCUCACCAGCAUCCAUAGAUGGAGGAAGCGAGCAUGUACAGUGGUACCUCGGGUUACAGAAGCUUCAGGUUACAGACACUUCAGGUUACAGACUCCGCUAACCCAGAAAUAGUACCUCAGGUUAAGAAUUUUGCUUCAGGAUGAGAACAGAAAUCGUGCUCUGGCGGUGCGGCGGCAGCAGGAGGCCCCAUUAGCUAAAGUGGUAUCUCAGGUUAAGUACAGUUUCAGGUUAAGAACAGAACUCCAGAACGAAUUAAGUUCUUAACCCGAGGUACCGCUGUACGUGCCCACACCAAACACAGAAAGCAUCCUUCCUUCCUCUUCAUCCCAGCAUGCCUUGCUUCUGAGAACCAAUCGCAGAAAUGAGAAUAAACUGCUGUUUAUACUGGCCAGGCUCCAGCAUGCUAAAUCCUCCUUCCGCUGAGUCUGUGGCCACUGCUUCAUGCCUCAUGAGUUCUUCUUCUUUGAAUCAGCAGGGGAGUCCCCACGUUACAUGAGGGGACGGGUGUAGGCUUCACCGUUGGGUCCCCGGGAUUGUAGAGCUGAAGAGACUUACUGGAGCUAAGCGUUGCAAGAACGCUUUCCUGCGUGGCCACCCUUUGAGGGAUGUUUCACAUAACCUGUGGGUGUUGAUUGGACAAAACCUCAUCCCACAAUUUUUUUUCCUGAGGGCCAAACAAGUCAUGGCAUUAAACAGGCCUUUGCCUUUAACAGACCGUGGUUUGGUAGUAUGUUUGGACAAGGCAUAGGCAAACUCAGCCCUCCAGAUGUUUUUGAGACUACAAUUCCCAUCAUCCCUGACCACUGGUCCUGUUAGCUAGGGAUGAUGGGAGUUGUAGUCCCAAACUUCAGGAAGGCCGCGUUUGCCUAUGCCUGGUUUGGAUCAUGCGUAGUUCAAUGGAAAUAGAGUUCCAGAACUGUGGAGGCGAAGAAGAAGAAGAGGAGGAGGAGGGAGAAGCUACCCUUUUGAUUGGGUUACCUGAGCCACUGUGGGUGGUUUCCAACAAAUCAAAACACAAUAUGACAUUAAACAUUAUAAAAUUCCCAGAUGUCUUCUAAAGCUUUUGUAGUUCCUUAUCUCCUUGGUAUCUGAUGGAAGGGAGUUCCUGUGUCUUGUGCCCACUAACCUAAUGGAACUUACUGGGUGGAAGCUUAAAUGUUGGGCCUCAAGCAAAGCUGAUCUUAACACCCAGGCAGAAUCACAUGGAUGAUGGUGGUCCUUUAGCUAACGGAUUCUGAACCAUUUAGGCCUCUAAAGUUUAACACCGACAGUUUGAAUUGGGUGUAGAAAUACAUCUGUAGGCAAUGCAGCUUAUGCCAAAUGGAUGUCAGGUGUUGCAACUUUAUGUCAUUAACAUCAGUAUCAAAACUUCCACAAUCAGGAACUGGAAAAGGCACAUUGUUAGUCUUGGGAAAUUCUUACAUACAUAUCCAAUGAUAGGAGCCUAUAUUUUCCUGGGGCCAUUACAUGUAGGUAUUGUUGUUGUUCCUGUGGGAUGUAAUCCAUAAGAGGCAGUCAAGUACAACAUUCCUUGAAAUGCUAGAGAAGACAUGCGAGGGAAUGUUUGGUCCAGCCAGGUGAAACUUCCUGUUCCUCCUGGCUGGAGCAGCCUUCCUUUCGCAUGUGAUAGAAGGUGGGCGUGACCUAACCUGUCCAGGUAAUAAAAGAACGAGUCACGCAGCACACCUCCCUCUUUUUGGACUCCUUUGUUUGACCAGCUUUUAGCUAGGACAGCUCAGCUAGCAGAGGCAGUGGAAUUAUUCCCCCAUAUGGGGUAGAUCCACAUAUACAUAUUUGUAACUAAGGCUGCCUUCAGGGAUCCAACUGUGAACUGAUGUAAGUAAACUUAUUUUAUUGACUUUGAAUAAGAUUGCCUGCUUUGCAUGUAAAAGGGGAAUGUAAACUCUGCUAAGUAAAGUAACUUGCUAGUGCAAGUUAGGAAGGAUAUUAAUGAAAAAUAUAUUCUCUCCUGCCACCCUGAACAUUCCCACAGUUCCUAUUACUACCCACCCCAUACCAGCUGGUCCCGGGGCAGGUUACAGCGCUUUGUGGGGUAUCCCGGGAUCUGAACUCACACCACUCUUUUCCUCCCUUCAGGCUUUUGCAGAUACAUUAAAAGUGAACAAGACGCUGAAAAGUCUAAAUAUAGAAUCCAAUUUCAUCACGGGGACAGGCAUCCUGGCCUUGGUUGAGGCCCUGAAAGGGAAUGAAACAUUGACGGAGAUAAAAAUUGAUAAUCAGGUAAGGAAAGGGCAUCAGACUGGAACUUAAGGGUUAGCUGGAAUCUGAAAGUUGCAGCUUGACCAUGAAAAUUAGCCGGGAGGCAGCGUCCAAGGUCUUGUGUUCAGCAGUAGGAAGGCAAAGCUUUUGAUUUUCCUUAGUACAAGGAUGGGGAACCUGUGGCUCUCCAGGUGUUCUUGGACUCCCAGUGCCCAUCAGCAGCAUGACUGAUGGUCAGAGAUGAUUGACACCAUCUGGAAAAUCAAAGGCGAUCUGCAGAGUUGUCACCUGCCCCACACCCAGGGGCGCCAACUAGAGGGGGCUGAGGACAUCCCCCAAAAUUUCUAAGGAGGGGUCUGGGCCCCCUCAAAAUUCCAUGGCGGCCGUGCACGUGUGCCACGGGGCAUGCUUGCGUCAUGCGCACAAGCCCUUCAGCGUGCACAUAACACGUCAGCACGCCCCGCGGCAUGCCCGAGUGAUGUCAGCAUGCCCUGUGGCGUUUGUGCAUGAUGCCAGCGCAUGUCCGUGCGUUGCCCAGCCCCCCUCAAUUGCGGGGGCAAGCUGGUGUGCUUGCCCGCACCUGAUGGCAUGGGUGAAGCCAUGUGCCUUUGGAAGCACCGCUGUGAUCGGCGCAGGGUUUUUGCAAGCUGCGUCUUCACUUGCAACACAGCUGAUGUCAUAUGGUGUUAGACUUCGGGGAAUCAGCUCCCUCCUCUGUGGCGGUAGAAGAUCAGACAAAAGGAAUGUCUUACCAGUUAGAUUCUUUAAUAAUCACAGUGAGAGAGAAAAGAACACAUCUCCGGUGCUCCCAAUUAAGGCUCACUCCCCCUCUAUUAAUCUACGUCACUCCUACGUCUUGUAAUCUGAGUUUGUACCGUCUGCACUUUCUGUUCUGAGACUUUCUGAGCUAUUCUCGACCUUGGGAAGAGUGGAGAAAUGCUGUCCAACGACUGUGAAUCUGUUAACCCUCUCUCUCCCAGUGUUUCUUCUCCUAGCUGUUCCCCAUCCAGUAUUUCCCAGCUUCUGCCUUCUGAACUAUGCCCCUCUGCAAGCCACUAUUCCAACUCUACGCUGUCCUCCUGUUCCUGGGAAGAUUCGGGAUCAGGGGGAGGGGGUGCCUCUCACCAUUCCUCCUCGGUGCAGCCCUCCUCAGCACAGUCCCUGACAUAUGGGGAAGCAGCCUUGUGAACCCAAAUGGGGAGGCCUUGGGAUAUUGACCACCUUGGGAGCCGGAUAUUCCCUACGACUGCUGCAGAGGCUAGCCUUGCCCUUGGGCACAGUGACCAUGCCCCCACCCCACCCAUCUGUUCAGUUGGUGUGUGAAGGGGAUCUGUGGGCACACAACCCAUAUGCAGACAGAGCAUUCCUAUCUGCCCUGGCCAUACUUGUGGACUGUGGGAAGGAAUGGUCACUGUGUAUGUUGGGGGCAUGGCUUGCCGACAUGGCUCUGCAUCCGCCUUCAGAUAUUCUAUAAGGAGGUCAUCUAAACUCCCCCACCCAGUACACACAUGCACACACUUAAGAUUUGCACAGAUCCGUCCCUGAACAGAUCCUUGUUCCCCCCUCCUCUCUCUGUUUGGUCUCCCUGCCUACCCCAUGUGUCUAACCCUUGACUGGAAGCCCUCUGAAGCCAGCGACUUGCUUUUUCCUGUAAAGUACCAUGUAUGUUGGUGUGCUAUACAGCCAUACCUUGGGUUACAGAUGCUUCAGGUUGCGUUUUUUUGGGUUACGGACCACCGAAGCCCGGAAGUACUGGAACGGGUUAAUUCCAGGUUUCGGCAGCUGCGCAUGCGCAGAAGCGCUAAGUGACACUUUACGCAUGUGCAGAAGCACCGAAUUGCAACACAUGCAUGCACAGGCACGCAGCUGCGGGUUGCGAACGCUGCGGGUUGCGAACGUGCAUCCCACACGGCUCACGUUCGCAAUCCGAGCGUCCGCUGUGUAUAAAGCAUUGGAGGAAAUCUGUGUGUCUGCUUCUUUGUGCUAAGGAAGUAAACAUUUCCACCUCCUUUCCCAGAGACAACAGCUCGGCACAGCGGUAGAGAUGGAGAUUGCUCAGAUGUUGGAGGAGAAUUCACAGAUCCUCAAAUUUGGGUACCAGUUUACAAAGCAAGGCCCAAGAACCAGGGUCGCAGCAGCCAUCACUAAAAAUAACGAUCUAGGUAAGACCUGCUGGUUCUAGCAAGACCUCUGGGACCUUCUUCAGUUGCCAAGGUAACAUUUCCCAGCCUUAAGAUCCCCUGGUAACAUUUCCUCACUAGUCUGAGAAUGGUACCAAACUUUUUUUUUACAGUAGCACUUUUUCAGAGUUAGGAUUUUGGGCAGUCGUGCUGGGGAACCUCUUAUCCUGUAUCCUAAUGUCAGAGCAGAGAAAUGCCAUUAGAUAAAGGCACUUUCCUGCCUCCUUUGGGCUGAAGCAGAAUGAUGCUUGUAUACCUGUACAGUAAAGGUAAAGGGACCCCUGACCAUUAGGUCCAGUCGCGGACUACUCUGGGGUUGCGGCGCUCAUCUCGCUUUAUUGGCCGAGGGAGCCGGCGUACAGCUUCCAGGUCAUGUGGCCAGCAUGACUAAGCUGCUUCUGGCAAACCAGAGCAGCGCACAGAAACGCCGUUUACCUUCCCGCUGGAGUGGUACCUAUUUAUCUACUUGCACUUUGACGUGCUUUCGAACUGCUAGGUUGGCAGGAGCUGGGACCGAACAACAGGAGCUCACCCCUGUCGCGGGGAUUUGAACCGCCGACCUUCUGAUCGGCAAGUCCUAGACUCUGUGGUUUAACCCACAGCGCCGGAUGGGGAAAAUGUGGCUUUUCCAGAUAUUGUUGGACUACAACUCCCAUCAUCCAUACCUGCUGGCCACAUUGGCUGGGACUGAUUGGAAUUGGAGUCGAGCAGCACCCAAAGAGCCACAGAUUCUUCAUCCCAGCUGUAUAGUCAAUAGCAAUGGAAAUGAGUUCUAAUGCCUAUGUUCAUAGCCUGGAUGUGGGUGAUUGUAGCUGUAGGAAGCUCAUCUCUCCAACCUUCAGGGGGCAUUUGCUCAUCAGAAGUAAAGCCAGGCAGGGCUCCUUCUAAUGGUGGAGACAGGAUGAUCGCCUUGGCUUUUGAUGGUGUGACACAGCAAUUUAAAAAAAUGAACUGAGAAUCAGAAGCCUCUCUUCAAAGCACAGCCAUGAGCUCAGAGGAGUGCAUUUAACUUUUCAACCUUACAUUAAGGCUGUGUACACACCAUACAUUUACAGCGGGUGGCGCUGUGGUCUAAACCACUGAGCCUCUUGGUUUUGCCAAUCAGAAGGUUGCUGGUUCGAAUCCCCAUGACGGGGUGAGUCCCGUUGCUCUGUCUCAGCUUCUGCCAACCUAGCAGUUCGGAAGCAUGCCAGUGCAAGUAGAUAAAUAGAUACUGCUGCAACAGGAAGGUAAACGGCGUUUCCGUGCACUCUGGUUUCCGUCAUGGUGUCCCGUUGCAUCAGAAGUGGUUUAGUCCUGCUGGCCACAUGACCCGGAAAGCUGCUUGUGGACAAACGCUGGCUCCUUCAGCCUGAAAGCGAGAUGAGCGCCGCAACCCCACAGUCGCCUUUGACUGGACUUAAUCGCCAUGGGGUUCUUUUUACCUUUACAUUUAAAGCACCGUCUAGCUUCCCCGCCAACAAACAAGAACAAAUGUUCAAUCAGCAGCCAUUGUUGUCUAAUCUGUCUGCAAACAAAUCAGGAUGAACGCUCAAUAAAUAGUCUGAAUGCAACUCUGAUGGUUUGCUGGUAACUUUGUUUUAACUCCUGACUUCAUUGACUAGAGACUUUAUGCAUUGGCAGAGCACAAGCUUUGUACAGUCGUACCUCGUUUUGCGGCCGGGAUCUGUUCCACAGCCCCGGCUGCUAGCCGCAAAGGACACAGGUCAAAGCGCCAAGUCUGCGCACACAUGUGGAGCCGUUUGCGCUUCUGCGCAUGUGCGAAGUGCAAUUUUGCGCGAGCAGCAAACCCGGAAGUAACCCGUUCCGGUACUUGCAGGUUUGCUGCGGAUGUUUGCCGGACUGGACACUAGGCAAGGCGGACGUUUGCGGAGGUAUUACUGUAUGUAGAAGGGCUGGGAUAGCGCAGUACGCAGAGCAUGAGACUCUUAAUCCUAGGGACAUGGGUUCGAGACCCACAUUGGGUGAAAGAUUCCUGCAUUGCAGGGGGUUGGACUAGAUGACCCUCGUGGUCCCUUUUCAACUCUACAAUACUUUGAUUAUAAGGUCCCAGGUCCAAUUCUAUAAGUAGGGCUUGCAAAUACUCCUCUCUGAGACCCCAGAGAAUUGCUGGAGAUGCCAGGGACUGAAUCUGGGAACUUUUGCAUGCAAAGCAGUUGCUCUGCCACUGAGCUUCAAGCCUUCUCUCCAGUAAGCUUCACGCAAACGUCACAUAACUUGCAUUGAGCACCUUGGAAGAAGGGCAGGACACACCUCUAAUACAUAAACACAACACAGAUAAUUAACUCCCCCCCCCCCAAGUUGCAAAAUUAGUAAAGCGCCUCAUGACACUUAGCAAGCUGUGCUUUCUCUCCCCCUCUCUCUAGUUCGCAAGAAGCGUGUGGAAGGAGAACGUCACUAGUCUUGCCAGGAGGUGAACAAGCUAGAUGUCAAAGAGAGCUGUUCUAUCACCCAUCUCAGAGAAUUCACUGGUCUUAAGGGAAGACACUGGAAAGUCUUUAGAAUGAAGCUGCUCAUGUUCCAUUAUCCCAUCCCCUUCCCCACAAACCUUUUUUUUUAAAAAAAUGAUUCAGCCUGAUUUUUCAUAAAAACAUACUUCUUCUUUUUAAUCAAUUAUCUAAAGCCAAAAUGCACACCAUGCAGGCCAAAUAGGCAUUCAUGUGGAUCUUCUGAAACCACUAGAAGUCUUCCGUUGACUUUAAAAAAAAAAAAAAAGGUUACAAGAUGCUGUAUACAAGGCCAGGGCUCACAAAUGAGUGUGGCACUUUUUCAGUCCUGCUGAAUUCUUUCGGCAUAAGUAAGGACCGGUCUCUGCAAUGCCUCUCUCACACUCUUUCCUUCCACCCUAGCAAUCUAUAAUCAUGCCUUGAAUUAAGGUGGUUCUGAGCCUCUGGUCCUGGGCCCUGCCCAAGACGGGAAUGGGAGGGCCUAGGAUGGGAAAGCCCAAUGGCAACCUCCUGUCCCCAUUAAAUUCACAAGGGCACAGUCCACUAGGAAGGUCUCCCCACUGAAAUGAAUGGGAGAUGCCUGGUGAAUUGUUCCUCGUGGAUCAGAACUGUCCAUUUCUCUCUCCUGAAACCUACCAGCUCAUCUUGCCUCGUAGUACAGCGGGAUCUGGUCUGUUCCCAUACAAACCACUUAGCUACCUUCCUGAGCGGAGCUCUGUGUGGAUCAUAAAAGGGACCAAGAGGUCGUUUUUAAAGCAACCUCUCGCAUCCAGAUGGGACCAUCUCUCCACCAGCAACCCCCACUCACCAAACGGAUCGGCCUUUGAAAUCCAGUCUACAAUGUGCCAAAAAACAGUGAGUAGAGAAGAGGUUACUGAACAAAGGAGUUUGUUCUAAGUCACACAAAGGCUCAAUGCGGACAGCACAACGUGGUUUGCACUAACCAUAGUUUAGAGGCCAAAGUAUGGUAUGAGCUUCCAAACAUACAGACAAACCAUGGUUCAGAGGAGCUAGUUCGCUUUCAUUUUCCAUCUGUCAGCAAACCACAUUCCAAUCGCUCAACACUCGUAGUUCUUAUGGUGUGGUUGCCUCUGGGACUGGAGUGUCACAACUAAGUAUUUGGGCAUCACACAAACAUAUUUAGCUCAAACUACGGUUUGUAGAUCUGUCAAAUCUUGGCUUCUGAUCCUGGUUUGCUGACUGAUUGCAAACUAUUCUUUAUUAAUUCAGACAUCACCGCUAACCAUGGUUUGGUGUUUUCUGAAUAUAAGGCUGGGAUCACCACCUGCCCAGCCUGGGCAUCAUCUGGAGACAAUUCCUUCCUGAACCCAAACAGUGGUCAUUCAAACUCUGAGUGCAAGGGAAAACCCCUCCACCCAGGCAAUCCGAAGAGAAAUUGAAUUGGGCACAUCUUCAUACUACCAAAACAUCCUGUUCCCUAUAACCAUUAUGUUGCGUGAACCCAUCUGUGCAAUCUGUCUUGUCAAAGCUUACUUUGUUUACAAAGGCUGGAAGUUAGGCUAGCCAGGUUUCUGAUCUGUUUUGUCCUGUUGGGUGAUGUCAUGUAACAAACACUAGCUUUGCCAAACCUUUAAUACCUUUACAAAUUAUUAUUGCUGUUAUUUCAGGAAGCCGGGGUUGCCACUAACAGUCUCCUUAACUUAGAGCAGUGUUCUAAUAAGCAAAGGUGCUGUGUUUUUCAAACCAUUUCAUGUAUGUGUGUGUGUUUAAUUACUGACAUUUGCAUUUAUUGCUAUUGCCGGCUGCUGAGACUCAGAGAUUCCCAAAUAGUGGCUGUAGAUUGAUCUGUGAGUAGCAGAAGAGCAGUGAGUGAAAUACCAGAUUGCAAGGGGUGGGUUUAUUGCUAAUGUAGGGACACAGGUGGCGCUAUGAUCUAAACCACUGAGCCAUUUGGGCUUGCCAAUUGGAAGGUCAGCAGUUCAAAUCCCCGUGAAGGAGUGAGCUCCCGUUGCUCUGUCCCAACUCCUGCCAACCUAGCAGUUCGAAAGCACGUCAAAGUGCAAGUAGAUAAAUAGGUACCACUGCGGCGGGAAGGUAAACAGCGUUUCCGUGCGCUCCGGCUUCCAUCACGGUGUUCCAUUGCACCAGAAGCGGUUUAGUCAUGCUGGCCACAUGACCCGGAAAGCUGUCUGUGGACAAAUGCCGGCUUCCUUGGCCUGAAAGUGAGAUGAGCACUGCAACCCCAGCCUUUGACUGGAGUUAAUCGUCCAGAAGUCCUUUACCUUUUUUGUUACUGUACACUCGCUCCAAAGGCAAGCCUGACUCAAGAUCCAGUUCUAUCAAUGAGUCCCCCUUCUAAGAAGCUUUACAUAAAUGUCCUUAGGGCUGCAAUCAUACAUUCCUUUACCUGGGAUGGGAGAGAGUCUGCCAUCUGCUAAGGAGACAGGUAGAGAGGAUUGUACUGUGAAAUAGCUGAUACAGCAAAAGCCAUUUCUUGCCAGUGAAUGGGAAAAGGAGGAGGUUAGAAGACGACUAAGGGCUGUUUCACAAAUUACACAGGGGCGCACUCCUGUUUGCCCCUGGGUGACUCCUGGGCUAUAGGGGGAGAAAUUUGGUUUGGUUCACAUUUAAAAGCCAAUCUAUUGCCUCGGCAGUUUCCAAAAUAAUGAGAACCAAAACACAGGCAUGCUUUCAAAUUUGCACUUACCCGAAUUCUGUAGUGUAAUUCUCAAACCAAUGCUCACAAAAAUGCAUCAGUUGGGUUAAAGUUUACCUAAAAAUGAAUGUGUUAAUGAAAAUGACGUACAAAAAUGUGUGGGAUUAGGAGUAAUUGCUUGCAAAAAGCGUGUUCCUUAGUGAAAACUACAUACAAGAAAGUGUUUAUUAGGAGAAAUCUGCACUAAAAUGCUGAGGAAUUUACAUGAGGAUUUUGUUUGAUCUCAAAUUGCGAACUAAAUUUAAGAUUGGAAAAAUGAGAGGCUCCCACACUUCUUUCUUGUAUGAUCCACCUGUUUGCAAGAAUGCAUUGCUAACAUUUUCACUUUUCGCAUCUAUUGGUGCACACUUACAAACAUCUUAGACACAUAGGUAAGAUACAUCAAACGUAAUGUGCGAAGAAGCCUAGAGAAAGGGCAUUUGCCCAAUUUACCUUUUCAGUCUCAGAAAUCAGCACAUUUCCCAUGGUUCAGCAAAAAGCUGGCAGAGCCGCAGCAGUGAAAGUAGCAUGACUCUUUCCUUGGCUGUGGGGAGAUUGUGAAAAAAGGCUUUUUAAAUUCAAAAUGCAAUUUAAAUAUGUCUGUCUCUGUGUGUGCAGACACUAACUUGUAGUCUGCAAAAUAACCUUGCGUAAUCAGAAGCACCAGAUUACUCCAUCUUUUAUUUGAAAGAAUGGCAGCUUAUUCUUGAUCCCCGCAAGGAAACAAGGAGGGGAAAUGUAAUCACCCAUUUGCUGCUAUAAACUCAGUUUAAUAAAUGGGAAUAGAAAACCGAAGCUAGCAAACAGCCUGGCAUUUUUAAAUUACUGCGGGUCUGAAUCCACCCCCAGCAACCUUUCCCUCUCUCUGCUCCCCACCCAUUCUUAAGAAUAUUAGAAGAGCUCUGCUGGGUCAGGCUGAAGGCCCAUCUGCUCUAGCAUCCUGUUCUCACAGUGACCAACUAAAUGCCUCUUGAAAAACUGCAAGCAGGACCUGAAAGAGCAGUGCUCUCACCUCUUGGGUCUUCAGGACCAUACUGACUCCAACUGGUAGACCACAGAUGCCGUGGCUAAUAAAUAGCAUUGAUAACCUCGUUCUUCAUCAAUUGGUCCAAUCCUAUUUUGCCGCCACCCAAACUGGUGACAGUCACUACCUCUUGUGGGAAGGGAUUAAGUGUUAGGUGAAGAAGCACUUUAUUUUGUCCAUCCUGAAUCUUCUGACAUUUAUUUUAUUUAACAAAAUUUGUUUACCACUUAAAGAGGAGGAAGAGGAGUUUGGAUUUGAUAUCCCGCUUUAUCACUACCUGAAGGAGUCUCAAAGUGGCUCACAAUCUCCUUUCCCUUCCUCCCCCACAACAAACACUCUGUGAGGUGAGUGAGGCUGAGAGACUUCAGAGAAGUGUGACUAGCCCAAGGUCACCCAGCAGCUGCAUGUGGAGGAGCGGGGAAGCGAACCCGGUUCACCAGAUUACGAGUCCACCGCUCUUAACCACUACACCAAGCAGCUUUAUCAAAUGGCCCCAAGUUCUAGUAUUAUGAGGGAGAAGUUUUUCUCCCCAUCUGCUUUCACAAUGGAUAUUAUUAUGUACCUGUGUUGUGUCCCCCUACCCUCUUGCUCACCUUUUCCCUGAGUUAAAAGCCCCUAACAUUGUAUACUUUCCUCAUAGUGGGGUCGGUGGAUCAUUGUUGUCGCCCACCCUGCUUCUUUCAGGUUUUCUAGCUCUACAAUACUCUUUUGGGGGGCUGAGACCACCAGAACUCUGUACACAGUAUUCCAGGUGUGGUCUGUCCUGAAAUCCAGGCUCCUUCAGCUCCCAGGCAGUCUGUGAGAAGGAAUAGGAACUGCGCACGCCUGUGGUCCAGGCACUGUGAAGCAGCUCCCGUUUGCUUCAGCUGAGAUCUUUGCUUGCAUACAAAUGAUCGCUUGAUAUUGCAGUCCUCCAGUAAUGAAUAUGCAUCUGUGAGCUCAGCCUCAGGGUAGUAACUUAUGACUGACUCAUGGCUGUGUUUGUAAUCUCUGGAAUGCACUGUCAGAGGCAGUCUGGGAGUCAUAAGCGGGGAAAAGCGGUGUUGCGCUGAGGUUCUGCUUGUGGGCUUCCCAUAAAUAUCUGCUUGGCUAGUGUGAGAACAGGAUGAUGCCCGGAGGAGCCCUUGUUCCACCAGGGCUCUCCUUAGGCUCUUAUGGAACCCAGCAGGUUUAACUGGGGUCAAUGCCUUUUCUCCCCAUUAACCUACAAUGCUGUUAAAACGCAAGCUGCCUUUUAGCCGGGCAAGAGCUGCAGGGCCCAAUUGCACUCAUGGAAGGGUAAUGAGCAGAAAUCAUGCAGAAACAGGAUGGCAAUGUAGUAUAUUCCCCACAAGGCCCUUGUGGGGAUAGCCUGGUGGAAGAUGGUCAGGAUAGUGGAAUCGGGAAAGGAGGGAGCAGCGGGUAUGGGGUCACUUAAUCUACCACGUUCCUUCUGGGGCCAACUGAUUUCCAAACAUGUAUGUCUGAAUUCAUGCUAUGCAAAGUACAUGAGCACUGUGCAUUCAUAACAUUCGCCUGGCCUGUGGCAACUUGGCAAAGUAAUAUUUGUGUGUCUGCUGCACAUCAGUCUUCUGUUGAGCAUGCCCACGGAUGCAGCUUCUGUUUCUGAAAGUGCAGUAGCCCUAUAGUUGAGUUGCUUUCUAAUACACACAGGGGGACGCUGUAGUCUAAACCACUGAGCCUCUUGGGCUUGCUGAUCGGAAGGUCGGCGAUUCGAAUCCCUGCAACGGAGUGAGCUCUCAUUGCUUUGUCCCAGCUUCUGCCAACCUAGCAGUUCGAAAGCACACCAGCGCAAGUGGAUAAUUAGGUACCACUGCAGCGCCAUUUUCAUGCACUCUGGCUUCUGUCAGUGUUCCAUUGCACCAGAAGUGGUUUAGUCAUGCUGGGCACAUGACCUGGAAAGCUGUCUGUGGACAAACACUGGCUCCCUCGGCCUGAAAGUGAGAUGAGCGCUGCACCCCAUAGUCACCUUUGACUGGACUUAACCGUCCAGUCCAGGGGUCCUUUACCUUUUCCCCUUACACACAGGUGCCGCUUUCUGAACACAAUGCGUUCUCAGGAAAUUGUCCUUUAUGCAAAUGUUCACAUAACGAGCAGAUGAUUUCCAUUGUUUCCUAUGGGAACAUUUCUAAUCCGUGCUCUCUCGCCAGUCUUUCUGCCUGAAACUGCUGCAACCAAUCAGCGGAAGCCAAACAAGGGAAAAACUGGUUUGUCCAAUCUCCUUCCCUCCCUCCCUGGUUUUUGCCCGAAAUAUCUGACGCCGACCAGCAAAACACAAACAAUUAAGGAAGUGGGCAAACUCUGGCCGUUCAGUUAUCUGAAUCAGCCAUUUGUGUAGUGAGGAUUGGGUAUAAUUCUUUGUGUUUGGAUAAAUGAGAUUUCAGAUAACAAUUGCAGGACUCUUUAGACAGGCUUGUAACUAUUUACACACCUGAUUUCGUGAGGCAGGUAGUAGUUGUCUCUUGCAUGACCAGGCCAGGGAAAUUUUAACAAAAAUUAUUUUGUUCUCUGGCAUCCCAUUGUAGUCCAAAAGUGAUUAACUUGUGUGUGUAUGAGAAGGCUGCUAGUAAACCUUCAUCUUGUGGUCUAGUCACCUGUGUGAAUUUAUUUGCAAAGCAGCUCUUAUCCUUAUUUGCCCUUAACUGGUGCAUGUAAGCUUGGGUAUGAGUGUUUGGAUUCGAGAAAAAUUCCAUGCUGUUUUCUUAAUUCUAUGCACAUUGGAGAUGAGUUAAAUAAAUGUGGCUUUUCCAGGAAGUUGGUUACUUAGCAAAUCAGUUUCAUUCAACAAAGUACACAUGAGAUAUCUAUCAAUUCUCCUUCCUGCACACUUGCUGUUGUUGCAGUUAGCAGUGUUCAGUUUAAGUUUCUUUAUCUUGACCCCAAGCCAAGAAAGCUCAAGGCAGUAAAAUGCAUGAAACAAAUCAACUGCAAUAUGCUGUCCAUUCCCCCAGGUCAGGAAGAUGGGCGCUUGGGAGAGAGCUCAGACGAGGCUCCACCCUGAUCUGACAACAGCUUCCUUGUGUUUCUUCCUCCUGAGUAGCUCCUUUGCAGCUAGCCAGACACAGCAAUUGGAGUUUGUGCCUGGCUCACUUCUUCUGCUGCUUUUGUCCUGUGGCCCUGGGAGAGAUCAGGGGUAGCUGAGGCUGGCCAGGAACCCAAGCAGUUGCUGCGAAGAUCUCCAGUCCUUGGGUAGAGAUAUCUGCAUCCAUUGUCUCUUCAGGUUCACCGGCAGUGUGAAGAUCUGCUGGAGGGUCUUGCUGCUCCUCAGAGGAGACCUCAGGUUCAAGGUCUCGGCCAAGCAGGGCAGGGCAGAAUCUUGAGAUAUAUUUAGAACUGGAAAACCAUUUUGGAAGAUGCAAUUCAAUGAAUUGUUUUCCCCAAACCAUCCACGCCUGAUAUCAUGUGUGAAGUCAGGUAAACAUGUGUCUGCGAAGGAGCCACAUUGGGGAGCUUCAAGUUCACUCAUGGUUGCUCCUUGGCAAACAGGGCUCACUAACAACCAGUUAGUCAGCCCCGACAGCAAGUCGCGUUGAAGUUGUCCAUUUGCAGGUGUGGUACGGGUGCAUACUGUGGCUGCAAAGUGAUAGUCCUUCUCUUUGGAGACAGCCCCGCCCACCUGUCAAUGUGGCCCACAGCUACAAGUGGGAGAGGCAAGGAUCCAGCCCACCAGGCUGAAAAGCUUCCUCUCCUCUCUAUUGAUUAGACAAAAGAAUCAAGAGCUUGACUUGGUUUUAGGCAGCUUACUACGUUCCAUGAAUAGGGAUCCGGCCUUAGCAAGGAUGCCCUGGCUCAUAUAUUGCUUUCUCCUUAUGGUCACCCUGAGAGGGACAUUCUUAAAUGUAUGAAGCAGAGUGCUGUGUUAAUUGAUUCUUCUUUGAUAAGGGUGUCCUGAAUGCCAAGAGCGUAAUUAUAAUUGUAACCUCUGUAUAUAUGAUGCUGUGUUUGCAUGUGGUCAUUCUGUUGGACAUCCUAUCUGCAUUUUUUUUUUUAAACACCGUGUCAAAUGUCACUGUUGCAAAUGUCCUUUGAUCCAAGCCAUAUAAUGGGUAUAUCAUUAUGCACAUGUGAGCAACGUUUUGUAAGAUUAUGCUUUGUUGCUUAACCCAGCCUUGUAGCCCAAUUCAUCUUCCUUCUCAUUUCUCCUUGGCGGACUUUUUGCACUCACAGGAAAAGAAAUACAAGAGUCAUACUAUUUAAGUGAUUCAUCCUUAGAUUAUUUGAGUGGAAAUAUUUUGAUCAACUAGGAGGUGCCUCCAGUUAGUCAGCAUUUAAAAAUAAUUUUUAAUAUGUAUCAAAAAAUUUAGAUGACGACUAAAAGGGGAAUGCUCUUUAAAUAUGCCACAACCCAUGUAUGCCUCUCCUAAAAGCAAAGGAAGUGUGCUUUCUUCCCUCUAGAAUUAUUGUUUUUUCCCCAUAUUUUUAUUAUUUAUUUGCUUUGUAAACUGCUUUGAGGUUUUAAAACAAUUGAGCGGGGUAUAAAUUUCAUGACAUAAAUAAACGAUCACCCAACAGUGCUAUCCUAUGCAUGUCUACCCUGAUGUAAUUUCUACUGGCGACAAUGGGACUUGCUCUCAGGUGAGCUGAUGGAGAGUUGCACAACCAAACAUACAAAGAUCAGCCCUAGUAAAUAUUGCAAGUGGUUGGUAGGUGAGUGUACAUGAGGCUUAUUGGAAGCCUGCUAUCUGAAUAGUUACAAGUGACUGCUUCUCCACAUAUCUGAAUACAUGGUUCUUAUCAUCACUUUGGCUUGAUGCCAAUGAUGACAAGCUCUUUUGGUGAGAGAGGGCUCAGCCUGGCAUUGUUUGGUUGUCUCUACUAGGCUCCAAGUGAUAGGGACGUGGAUGGCGCUGUGGUCUAAACCACUGAGCCUCUUGGGUUUGUUGAUCCCUUGGGUUGGCGGUUCAAAUCCCUGCAACGGAGUGAGCUCCCGUUGCUCUGUCCCAGUUCCUGCCAACCUAGCUGUUUGAAAGCAUGCCAGUGCAAGUAGAUAAAUAGGUACCACUGCGGCGGGAAGGUAAACGGCGUUUCCAUGCGCUCUGGUUUCCGUCACAGUGUUCCGUUGCGCCAGAAGUGGUUUAGUCCUGCUGGCCACAUGACCCAGAAAGCUGUCUGCAGACAAAUGCCAGCUCCCUCGGCUUGAAAGCGAGAUGAGCGCUGCACCCCAUAGUCGCCUUUGACUGGACUUAACUGUCCAGGGGUCCUUUACCUUUUUUACCUUAUAGGCUCCAAGUAACAUCUGACCAAAUGGUAGGCAUUUUACCACACAUCCACCCUUACCCAGACACCCAAGGAAGAGGGACACACACACACUGUUUCUCAGGAGUUUACCAACCACUGAUCCAAGAUAGACAAUCAGCAAAUUGACGUGAUGUACAGAGUUAAGGCUGGGGCUGAAGAGGAAGCCUUCUGCCUGACAUGCUGGUUUUGUUAAGUGCAAGCAGUUUCAAACCUGCAUCCUCCCACCUGAAGUCUGAAGCGGAGCAAUCCAGCAACCAGUAAAUGAGUGAGAAAUUUCCCUGAGUUCUCAUUUAAAGGCAAACUUAACCCUAAUGCACACUUCCCCAAAAAACGAGAGAACAGAGAAACGGCCAUCCUUUGAAAUCCACAAGUCUCUGAAUUUUGCAAUACAUCUUCAAAGCCGGGUGAUGUGUACAAAAUUGUGUACCCUACAGUAAUACAUGCAUUGCAAUACAUAUACCGUAUUAGUGAAAAUAACAUGCCAAAAAUGCAUUAUGUUUUUUUGGGGGGGGGGAUGUGUUGUACAAAUGUAAUCCAUGUCAGGAAGAAUUCUCAAUGAAAUGCUCAUGAAUUUUCAUAAGAAUUUAAAAAAUAAAUAAAUCGCAAACUGAUAGAGAAAUGUGGAGAAUUUAACUUAAGGUGGGGCGGGGGAAGAAAUGGAGAAAAACCAAAAUUGAUAAGGUCCGCCCAUCCCUAAUAUUGCAACAUACUUUUGAUUGUGUAACACUGCUCUAAGAUUUUAGGGUUUUCUACAGUGAUUCCUUUGCCAAAUGCAGCUUUCCUUAGGUGUCUUGUUCUUGACAUAUGCUUGCCCACACAAAAAUUUCAGGUCAGGUCAGGCCACUCAAUUGACCUUCAGCUUAAUAGUCUUAACACUAUAGGGACUCGACAGAAUUUAUUCCUCACCAAGGGACACAGCUGCACCCAAGAUAUGGAGAAGGCUCUUUAAACCCUCUGCACGCUGGCCGUAACACUUUCCAGAAGCACAUGCUGUGUUGAUAACCAACAAAGGGAGGUAUGCUACAUAUUACACAGGACGGGACCCUCCUAGCCUGCUCUUGCGAGAUCCAGCAGGAACACAUCCAAAUACUGGUCCAUUAGGGAAAAUGAGGCACUGCCCUCAGCCAGCCCCUACCUGCCUGCCUUCUUACAUCCAGUCCAGAAGGUACCACUGACUAUCAGCUUCUUCCCAUUUAGUUCCCUUUGUAGAACUCAGAAGGGAGGAGGAUGGGGACAUAUUUGGAAUCUGUUGGCUUUGCCUAUCAUUGGCUCUGGCCACUAGGCACCAGCCUCCACUGUCCAGCUGAAGGCAGACUCACCUGCCCUUUUUCUAGCAUUAGUAUUUGAUCUAGCUUUGUUCUAAGGUCAUCUUCCAAGCAGACAAAGCUCACAUAUACAAGAAUAAUGGGACAUUAAGGCAUGAAUUAGAAUUUCCACUUCUAAAAUAAAUAACAUUGCAAAGGUUGGGGAUUAGCUAGCCAGGUGUUUUCGUUUUUGUCUCUCUUUUUUUGCACUUUGCUGUUAUUUGGUGUGUGUUUUUUAAAUAAAGUUUUCCAUGUGCGCUGUUGGCCAUUACGUGCA